CAGUCGAACGUCGGCCGUGUCUCACGCGCUCGCAUCCACACGACAACAUUCGCCGGAGUCCCGAACGGCCGGGCACGCCAUGUAAAAACGUUUUUUCGAGAAGCGCCCCGUUUUCUAACAAUGUACCAGGUAAGCGGUAUAUCUGUACCGAUAACGGUCUAAUAUUAAUAACGACAAUAAUGAUACACAACGCGUCCGCCUACCGCCGCGACCUAUUGUAGUGACGGCGUGUUACCAGGUGUAGUAUUGUUUUCACCGAUAGCCGCGAAUAUAAAACCACGACACCCACGGGCGCUCGCUCGCCCCGAUCGCCGUGACCGGUCGAUAAUCGUAUCGCGAUAUACGCGCCGCGCGCCAUGGUAUUCGCGAUAUUAUCGCGUGCACGUGCGAUUAUGACAAUGUCUCUGUUGCGGGACCCCGGGGUCGAACGGCCGCAUUGCCGUGUCCGCACUGUAUUCGUGAAAUGUUAUUGCGGUUUGCGCGCGCACGCUACCGCGCCGUGUUACGCGUGACGAUCUUUUUUCGCCGCCAUAUGGUAGCGCCGUCACCGCGGCGUUCCUGCACCGGCACCCGCGAUUAUUGAUUAUCGCCCGCGCGGAUUUUCCCGAAAAACCGAGCGCGAUAGUAUUGAUAUACCAAUGUCACCGUCACCGGUUCUCGGCCGCGACCCGACGUACGCCGUUCCCUCCCUAUAAUAAUACACCCUCCAUUACGAAUACGGCCUCUUCGCGUUUACGCUUACAUCACCGGAGAAAAACAAAAAACCAACACGAUUAUUGUUUCGACGGUCGGGCCGUCCAUUCAUAUGUCGGACGUGUUGGUGCACUCCCGUAGUAAACAAUCGUCCGAAAAUGAUAAGGAUCGCGAACCCGAAAAGCGCCGACGAAUUUGUUGCCAACAUAAAACGGUCGCGACGUUUUAUGAAAACAUAGUUUCGUGUUUAUUUGUACAGGUACACGCUGUUGUAGCGUUGUUAGCUACGGUCUAUAAUUAUUGUGCAAUUUCAAUACACUAACUGACGUGAUUGUGUGUUAUAAAUCGAGGGUUAUUUUAAAGGUUUCAAUUUGGUUUUUUCGUUUGUAGACCGUUAUCAUUUAUUUUGUGGGAUCUUUAUCAUUUUCGGACGUUUAUCCUAAUCCAAUUCACUUUUGUGUCGUUAUACCUAACGGUUUUUUUGUUUUGAUAUUUUUUACGGAUGGGGAACAAAGUCUGCAGCUUGUAAUAUUACUAAUUAUAGUAAUUGUAAAAAAAUAAAAAAAUGUCUUUAUUUAGCUAUCACGAUAACUAUUAUGUGAAAAAACAAAUUUGUUUUUCUUAAAGGACAACUGACCCUCAAAGACCUGAAUACUUGCAACGUAUCGGGUGUUCUCGGAUUGAAUUACCAAUACCCUUUCCUUUCCCUCAGCCUUGAAACAAUUCCAAUCCUCGCCCUCUGGUGGUAAUUUGUGUACGACCAACUGUUGAUGACGUUCAACAAUUGUAGAGGCAUUAUGUUACAUGUCUAAUUGAAAUACUUAAAAAAGAAAAAAUCAUUCAGAAUAAGCUCUACUGAAGAAUGAUACCUGUACGUUUACAAACAAAAAUCAUAUCUGCGUUAAAUUUAAUAUUAUUUAACCUAAUAUUAAUUCAAUAUUAUGCGUUGACGAUAAAUUAAAGAUUUUUAAUAUAAUGUGAACUGUAGGUAAUUAAUUGGAACUAAGUCCAAUAAAUGAACGAUUUCAAUAAAAUUGUAUCGACGUACAAUUUAGUAUGUUAAUAAUUUGUAAAUUCUAAAGUUAAUAAUUUGUAUCUGAAGAAAAUGUAGAUUAUCUAUCGAUAAAUUAGUUUUGAUCAAGAUAUAAAUACAAUAUCUUAGCUUACUGAAAAACAUUUAGUAUUUUUUUUAAAUUAAAUAAUGUAUUGGACAUUCCCUGAAAAUUCACCAGAAGUAUCAGCUACCUAUUUUUAAAUUUAUUUUUUGUGAAUCCCAACUAUCUAUAAUAAUUUUUCUUCAACUGCAAUAACUUAAUAAGUAUAAAGAAAAUAAUAAUUUUAAAUACACAUUUAAAAUAUUUUGUUUUCUUUUGUAAUGUUGUUCGCCUCUUUGUUAGUUUUUAGAACAAGUUUUGUUUUGUUUAAAGUGAUAUAUUACAAAUAACGGGGAGGGGAGAAUUAUGUCUGAAUUAAAAACCAAAGGCUAUUUUCGAAUAAACGAAUUUGAUCAUUUAGUAGAUCAUUUAGUUAAUUCACUCUAUUGUCGCUCAUAACACAAUCAUCAUUGUUAAAAUACCAUUGAAUAAUAUACUUUAUAAUAUUCCCUAUGAAAACGAUGUGAUAACAAUAUUCAUAUUAUUGUGUAUUUAAUAUAUUGUUGUGCUGUCAUUUUGUUUAAUAUAAUAAUUAAUAAUGAUAUUAUAUAGCAAUGGAACAUUAGGCCUUUUAUAAUGUUCUAACGACUAUAUAAUAUAUAUGGUUUAUUUUCAUACUUGAAUAUUCAUUCAACAAUUAAAACCAUACAAUUGUAGAGCAUUCGACUAAAGUUAAAGGGAAAAACUGUUAGUACGAAAUGUUUAUUUCUGCAGAUGGAAUCAUUUAAAAGGUUUUUGAACUCUCUAGUGCAAAGUUUAAUGACGCCCAUAGUGUAACAAAUAGCAACAAGAUUUGUUUUAAAACAUAAUUAUAAUUUAUAUCAUUAUGAAUAUUGCAAGCAAUUCUCUAAUGUAAUAAUAAUCAAAUUAAUUUAGAAAGUUUAAUGAAUAUGUUAUUUUACCUGCAAUCAAAGUAGUUAGACCUUCUUCAGGAUUUAAUUACGAAUACGUGAUUAGUAAGUUUUAAAUGUAUAUAUAAAUUUAAAACUUUAUACUCAACUCUUUCUAUUACUGUUAUUUACAAUCAAAUAAUAUGUAUUUAUUUUUUAACACCUUCAACAACCGUCAACUUUGUAGUACAACCAAGUUUUGUAUUAAAUCUUCUCAUCUAGUAAUAUAUUACCUUCAUUCAAAAGUAAAAAAUUUGUUUUUAUUAGCCUUGAAAAUUAACAUAUUAUACUCGUAUUCAUUUUCUCGAUUAAAUAAUUUGUUUACAUUAUGCUUGAACUUUCGAGAAAUGUGUCGUUAUUUUGAACGACUCUAAGCUAUAUUUCUGCAUCCCUACAAAUUUGGUUAUCUGGUGUUUUUUUCAGGUGUAUGAGAAUGCAUACUCGAAAAUGUAUUAUACGAUGUUUUAUUUGGAGCGGUAAACGACUAUACGGUUUUAUUGAAAUCAAUUUACGGAAGUCUUCCUUUUUCCUUGCUUUUGGCAUCUAUUAUAUACGUUAUCAUAAAAUAUUAUGGUUUAAAAUGUUCACGACAUUACCUCUAUCACCUCCAUUACCUUUGCAGUAAUCUAUGAAAGAGCGUGUAACUUGGAUAUUUCAUGACGUAGAUAAUAUCUAAAAUAUCUAAAAUAUAUCUAUUAGAUAUAUUUUAGACUACCACGUUAUUGACCCUUUUAUAAAUUAUUACUUACCUAUACCAGGUUAUCCAUUCAAGAAGGUACACUCAUUAUCUCGGAAAGUAUUAACUUUUUCAGAAUUUGUUUUUUAGAAAAUUUAAGAAACAAGCGGCUCUAUAAUUUUACAUUUAUUUUAUUCUUUGUCACCGAUAUUUUUGGGAGUAAAACCACUACCUACUUUUGAUAUAAGGUGGCAACCUACUUUAAAAAGUCCAUAAAUACAUGGAGUAUUAAUUAAAAUAAAUUUUAGUGUUGAAAUUUUUGAUUUCUAUCAAUACGUUUACGAAAUAUUCUACUUUUAAGUUUGGGUUGGAGGAGAGGAGUGGUGCAUUAUUAACACACCGCGUGCCGUACCGCUCCACAAAUGAUACUCCACUACUCUCCUCUAACCUAAACUUAAAAGUAGAAUAUCUCAUCAACUGCUUGACAGAAAUCAAAAACUUCAACACUUAUAUUUAUUUUCCAUCUAUUUAUGGAAUUUUUAAUAUAGGUUUCAAUUUGAAAAUCCAAAGUAAAUAUUGGUUCUCCUCCUAAAAAUAAGGCUGACAAAAAUAACAUAAAUAUAAAAUUGCAGAGCCGCUUAUUUCUUAAAUUUUCUAGAAAACAAAUUCUGGAAAAAUGUAAUACUUUCCGAGAUAAUUAUUGUAUCCAAUUAAAUGGAUCACCGGUAUAUUGACGUGCGUUUAUGUAAUACAUAUACACAUUUCCUUUUUAUGACGCCAUAAUCGCAUUUACUGUCUCAGUCUGACAGUCUAACUAACGGUAUAAAUAGCAAAAUUACGUUACGUAGAAUAUAAAUUAUUGCGUUAAUGUUGAAAUUAGAAUUUAAACACAAUUACCUAAGAAAUAUAAAUAAGAGAAUAUUUCAACAGGCAUCUGUUAAGUUGUUAUUUUUUCUAAAAUAUUGUCUAAGAAAAAUAUUAGGCGUGUUAAUUUUUUACUUUUAUUUUAAAAAAUUGCUGCUAAUUUUUUGAUUUACAAUUAAUAUUUCAGAAAAAGAGCAGCUUGAAAAAAUGAUUUUCUUUAAAUUUAGUUAUUUAUGUUUAAAUUCUAAUUUGAACCUAAACACCACGAUAUAUAUCAUGCGAACGUAAUUUGUUUAUAUUGUCCAUAGUUAAACUGAGACAAUAAAUGCCACGCCCGCAUUUAUUGUCUCAGUUUAUUGUCAUCUUAAAAUCUUACAUUUUUCUAUGACAGUACUUUGAGUAACAGGGUCUCAGGGUAUAUACAAUAUUUAUAUAACCGUCACGGUCGAUUUCAAAAUAAAAUUUAGUUAUACAACUUAUAGGUAUGGUUGUAUGAAUAACUAUUUACUUUGACGAAACUGUAAAGCUUAUUUUAAUUUCUUUCAAUUUAUUAUACUAAAUAAUUCGUAUCUAAAUAAUAAAUUCAAUAAAAAUACGAUAGAAUACAGUUCGAUAUACUUCUGAUAUGUUACUGCUCAUUUUAUUUCGUCUUUUUUGCUAGUAUUUCUCUCGAUAAUGUGUUAUAUCGUUUAGGACAGAGGUUCCUAAACUGUGAGGCGUGAACACUUUACAGGAGAGACACGAAGUAAACAUACUACUCAUUCAAGUUAUCUUUAAACCAUUACACUUUAAAUAUUUUAAAAAUUGGAACCACACAAGAAAAGAUGAGUAUUUCACAAAAUGAUCAACUAAUCUACACGUAUAUUAAAAUCACUUAAUGUUUACAAUUUUCGUCAAAAUUUGAUAUUAAUAGUCAUAUAGAAAAAUGACUACAUUAUUCUUAUUUUUUUUUUGACCACAAAGUAUAAUUUAUAAUGAACCUCCCAUUAUAUUUUCAAGCAUUUUUGUUUGGUCUAACAAUUGUAUCCACAGAAUAUCUACUGUAUAAAAAUAACGUAAAAAACUUGCAAAAUUAAAAUGUCUAUUAAUAGUUCAAAACGAGCUAAAAUAUUUUGAAAAUUUGACUUUGUCUAUAACAGGCAUAUACUAGUUUUCUGUCGAAAUUUAUUGUCUCGAAUAUGUAACGAAUAUUUUUAACUGAAUCACAACAAAAAUUAGAAUUAAAAAUAAUACAUUUUGUAAAUUUUCCCGUUUUUCAUACUUGUUUACAGUUUUUUCCAAUUAUUAUGAAAACCGCUUGGGAAAUCAAAACAUAAAAUCCUUUUUGUACCACGGUACCCAAAUAAAAUUGGAAAGGUGGUUUAUCUCCGGUUUAACUGGUGGUGAAGGAUUACACUGCUAAGGCUACUAUCUCUAGCCUCCCUGAUUCUCUUAUUCUGUUUCUUGUGACAAAGGAUGUUUUGCAUCGUUGACAAGAUCGGUGUACCAUAAAUUGAAAUGAAUAAUAGCUAGUUAUACCUGUCACGAUCUUGGUUCCGAUGAGGACAUUACUGGGGGUGAUGUACCUGCCCCCAAGGACGCUUUGACUGCCUGUCCGUAGGGUUCCCAGUGAAGGCAGUCAAAGAGUGUGCGCUCCACUGUCUUCAGGGCACUGGUAGUAUAAGCAGUCUGCAUUUGAGUGGGUGUGCCCCAUGCAACACACGUAGUUCCUAAAACAUUCGUCACCCGAUAGAGCCUAGGUUAUGUGAAAGGUGAGUUUUUUUCGGACAUCUCAUUACCAAUCUCUUUAGGUCCGGCAACAUUCUGCGCGUCUAGGUGGCGUUGCUAGCGCGGUCCUACCUUUUAGCCAAAUUGUCUGCCAAGCCGAUAAUCUGGACGUCCACCAGAAUGUCAAGAUAUAUAAGGUUAUCGUAGAAGAUGUUUCACAAUGUCAGUCUAGGGAUACACCCCCAACACUCCCGGUUACAGAUCUAACAGAGCUGGAACGAUCAGACAAGCGUACCGUGAGGGUGAAAUUCUUUAUGUAGAAGUGAAGAAUCUUGACCAGAUAUUCGGGGAGAGUCAACAUGGUUCCAUGGAGCCAUAUUAUAGGUAUAUCAUAAUAAUGACAUGCUAUAUUCACAAAAACGAUUUUCAAAGACAUUUUAGUUUUCAGUAAUUUGUGUAUAAAUUUACUUGUUCACAUAAUUAUUAAUAAUAAAUGAUUAUGUUUUAUUAUUUUUACUAGUCUGCAAUAGUCAACUAAAGUUUAAACAAUACUAUAUAAUAAAUAUAUGUAAAAUCUCUGCACCAAAAGACAGCCAGUAAGUAGUUUGAAGACAUUUUAUAAAUUUUGGGGACUGAAGGGCUCCCAGACACUAAAAUGUCUGGUGGCCCCUACCACAGCCUAGCAAUCAUGACCAGGCUGACAUUGCUCGAUACUAAAUUUUUACUUAUAUAUGUAUUUUUUUUUAAUCAAAAAUAAUGUGACUGCCUAAGUAUACGAUUAUAUUUCACGUUGAAAAAUUGUAUAAAUCAAAGUAGUAUUAACAUUUGUUAUAAGCUUACCAUUCAGUGACAAACGUGGUAUAUCAAUAUUUUUUUGUGCAUCACUGUGAUCAGUGGAUUUUCCGUGUACAUACAGUUGUUACUUUAUAUUGUUUAUUAUAUUGAGCAAUGAACUUAUACUGUGUAAUAGUCAUUGUAUACCUGUAUACAACAUAACGUGGAUAAAAUAGGUAGGUAUUAUGCUUGGUAUUAUAAAUAAUUAUAAUGCACAUUGUUUGUAUACGCAUUUAUAUGGAGUAAGACGGUAUUAUGCAUUUAUAUCGAUUAUGAUAAUGUAUAAUGUACUAUAUUAUUGGUAUAUGUAACUUAAAGCUAGUAAAAUAAAUUUGUAAUAACUUUAUGACAUAAAAGAAAAAAAAACCGUAAAACAUGUGUAUCUAUCCAAAAUAAAUUGAUGGUAUACAUUUAUUAUCAAGAUAAUUGACAUUUUUAUUUAAAAUAAAUGUUUAGAUAAUUUGAAAAUAUUUAAUUAAUAUUUUAUUUAGGUUUCAUCAACGAAGAUCAGAGUACUAAAAUAUGUAUUACGAGUAAAUUUUUAAAAAUUGUAACAAUUUCGGGGAUCGAAUACACAACUUACAUUUUAGAUUCUGAAUGGAACAAAGAAGCUUAUUUUUUACAAAGAUUUUUAUUUUUUUUUUAUUUGUGAACAACUUCUCUAUCAAAAAUCUUGCUCUGAUUUUUAAGUGUAGUACUUUUUAUGAAAGAAAAUCGAACUAGGGAAGUACUUUAAACAGGUUAUUUUUCGAUUUUCUCAAGAGUUUUCUCAACAAGUGUGUAAAACCGAAAAAAAAAGGGAAAAACGUAGAUAACGGGAAAAUUGGUACAUGAAAUAAAUAUUAUUAAAGAAAAUAUAUUAUGCCUAUUUAAUUAUUUUAUCAUAUAGAUUGUUGACAAAGCAUCACUAUCAACUGAACUGCGAUCAAAAUCGUUUUUUCGUUAGCAAUGGUUUCUCGUUGCUUACAGGUAUACAUAAAAUUAAUUAUAACAGUGGUUACACCCGACCCCUUUAUCCUAGGACAGCUUUUUAUUUGUAUUUUUUGUUAUUUUUUUACGCAUGUAUAUUAUAGUUAUAUGUCAUUGAUUUAUGGAUUAUAAAUUAUAACAGAAUUAUUCCCUUAACUAAUAAUAACUACAAUAUUGCAUUAUUCUUAUUAACUUAAUAUAUGUACGACUUACCUAACUAUAGUAUGUGCAUAUUUUCAAGCAGUAAUUAUACAUUUGGUAAAAAAAAAAACUUAUUCGUGUGGCUAUGUCUACCUAGAAAAUGUCAGCUGUAAGUUUUGAAUAUACGCCCGCAUGUACAUUAUAUACACAAAAAUAAUACAAAAACAAAUAUUAGUUACCUAAUCUAAAUAUUACUUUAUUUAAUUAAUAUUGCAUUAUUAUAAAAAUAUUGUAAAUUGUAAACAGUUUUGAUAAUUUGUUUAGUCUUUUACAACUUAAAAAAUGUAGAAUGAAAUAGGUAUUCGAAUUCCUAAUGUAUGUAAAUAUUAUACUCGUAUAUUAUAGGUACAAAAAUGUUCAACACGUUUAUCGAAAGCAUAAAAAUCUUAUACUUACAAACUUUUAAACCAAAUUUUUUUUUUAAAUUGUGUGCACAAACAAGUAUAUGUGUAUAUUAUGUUAGGUACAUAAUUUCAUAAUUUUAAUUCCGUAUUUUUCUAUUACAAAUAAAUAUGUACAUACGUACUAUAGUUAUUUCAUAUGAUUAAUAUGCAAAUGUUUGAUAUUUCAGUGUAUAAUACUACACCAUAGGUUUAAAAUCCACGCAAUAAAAAUAGCGUUGGUAAUUGUUAAUUAAUAACGUUAGUAAUAUUAGUAUAGACAUUGUAUAAUAAUUGGAUUGUCUGUUUAUAAUAAAUGUAAGUUUGACACUUCCAAAGUAAAAUUGUGAUUUUAAUUAUAAGGGUUUAUUUUUUUCUUCUGAAAAUGUUCACGAUGUUAGAAACUAAAAGCUUUCCAGAGGAUUACUGCAGCUUAAGCGAAUCAUGGAUUUCGGCAAUUAAGUUGAACAAAUAGGUUUCAAUUGUGCGAUGGAAUCUAAGUAAUUAUUUUUAAACUAGAUUUACACGAUGCUGCAGUAUUUGUUAUUAGGAUAAAGGGCUUUGAACUAAUUACGUAGCUUCUUUGUUGUUUUGUUAUAAUAAAUUUCAGUUGAACCUCAAUAAAGUAUAUACAUAUAUAUGCCUUAAUAUGCAUAUACAAUAAUUAAUUUCUAUAAUAUAAAAUAAUUGUUUUAAGUUUGAAACCAAUACAUAACAACAUUUUCCUAAUUCAGUUCUUAUAUUAAACAUUUUACUAUAGGUAUAAUAAAACUAUAAAAUUAAAAUACCAAAAAUAAUGUACCUAUUAUAUUCGUUUAUUCGUGUUGUCUAUUGGUGUCCGAUAACUGCCGUGGUUAAACUAGGUCAUCGAAUUUUUGUUAUCAUAUUGUGGUCGUCAUUUUUUAAAUAUCAUUUUUCAACAAGUGUGUUCCAAUCUGUUAUCUUCACGUAGCUUGAUUAUUAUGUAUGUAGAAUCCUCAAUCCUGAUGCUUAUAGUGUAUGUAUUAAAAAAUGAUCAAUUUUUAACCGUACCUUCCUAUAUCUUUUAGAAUAUAUACUCGCACCUGUACAAACAAUAAUCAUGCAUGCGUAGCGAACCACAUGUUGUCAUCAGCCUGAUAACAAUAAACUAACGGCAAGAAUAUUUUAUAAUAUAAAAUGUAUUUUCUUAUAAACAAACAUUGUUAAGGUGCUUGUAUAUUAGUUUUAAAUUCAGUAUUUUAAUUUUUUUUUUUUACAUUAACUUUUAAUGUUUAUUUAAUUUCAUAUACUUCCGUUGGAAACAAAAUAUCAUUAAAAUAUUUUAAUAAAUACAACUGUAUUAUGUCCAGCGUAGAAUAGUACCAUACUUUAUCUGAAUAGAGCGACGGCACAAGCAAUGCGUUUAUUACGAUUGUGAGUUUUAGAUUCUGAAUGUAUUGGUUUUAUAAUACGUGUUUUUAUUAUUAUUUAUUUUAUUUGUAAACAAUAUUUUUUACCCGAAAUUUUGCUCUGACAGCAUUUAAAAACAAAUUUUUGUCCAUUAUGUUUUGAUUUUAUUUGUAAUUUUUAUAUUGAUUGAGAAAAAUCGUACGAAAACGGAAAAACGUACAAAAUAUUGGUUUCCGUUACUUUCAAUAUUGGAUUUAAUAUAAUUCAAUUAACAAUGUUCAUAUAAUGCUCUUGUAUAUUAGCGCUUCAUAGAUAUGAUAUAUAUAUAAAAAUAUAUAAAAUGAUUCUGAUAAUUUUUGAGUUAAUUUUAGCCAUUUGAAAAUUCCAAGUUUUUUUUUAGUUUUUAUUUGGUUUUAUAUGGAUGAAAUUGUUUUAGCCUAACAAAAUUGUUCGCUAAUUUAGCAUGAGAACGAAGUUUUUCAUAAGCUAUACUGAGUAGUUUAAAUAGGUUUAGUGUUAUAUAGUAACUUUUUAUAAGUAUUUAAAGUUUAAAUUUUAAUGAAAAUCGUAAACAUUUUGAAGUAUCAAAACAUAUUGAAAAAAAAUACGUUCAGAACUGUUUUUUUAAAAAAUUUUGUUUGAAAAUACUUAUGAAGUUAAAUAGUAAAAAUUAAAAUAUCUCCAAGUCGUAAGAAAUUUAACAUAGGGUUAUUUUUUCAAUUUAAAACACGUUAGUUAAAACCCUUUUGGAAACUACGGAAAAUAUCACUUAAACUAUAGGUAUUAACUUACGGUAGGGGUCUAUGUUAUAAUAAAUAAAUAUAGUAAAUAAUGAUCACUGUAGAUAAUGAUAUUCGUUAUAAUGUGUAAUUUUGGAAAAUUUUGAAAAAUAACUACCAACAUAAAUUUAUAAUUAUCUAUCUGAAUUUUCGUAUUUUGCUCUUGAUAUAUUUUUUGGAUUUUGCGCUUGUACGUUUAUAUUCAAAGUGAUAAAUUGUUUAAAAAUGUUUAUGAAAUUUAAUAAUGUGUACUUAUAGCCCCUUAUGGAAAACGGUACAUAAUUUUAAUUUUAACGUUAUCAUUUGUUAUAUCAUUAUUAUAAUUGUUUUUUUAAAAUUAGUUUUUGUAAAUAGUAUCCUAUUAUAAAAAACGGAAAUUUAUCACUGUUUUCUAAAAGUAUAUUUUAUUAAAUUACUGCAAUGAUCGUCCAUUUAUAUAGUCACAAUCACAAUAUCAUAAUGAUAUUUAGAUAAAAAUUGUAGGUACUGUAAAUAUAUUCCAUAGUAUAAAAAAUAGUUUGAACAUAAACUUUGAAGCUUAAAUCCUCGUCGAAUACGUUCUACACAUGUAUACACGUAUAAACGCGUCCGUAUUUAUAGGUAGUUUUUAUAAAAUAACCAUUAAAUAAAUGUUAUAUAAUAUUUCAUUUCAUACGUAUUUAAGAAUGUUCACUAUCAUUGUCAUAUAAUGCAUUUUUAUGGUUCUAGUUUUGACUGUAUAUAGUUUCUAAACUGUAGAACCCCGAAUAAGAUCGCAUAUACAUCUUAACUUACUCUCGUUAUUGUUCUAUUGUUUUCUUUCCAUUAGUUUUAUUUACCAAAAAAAAAAACGUUUGAACGUAAUGUUAUUUUUGUUAAAAAUAUAAAAUAAUAAUAAUAGGAGGAUUUUAGUUGUUUAAUCUCUCUGGAGAUUCUUUAAUUAAUUUUAUAUUAUGUUAUUUUAUACUGUAGUUCGUAAUUAAUAAUUCUCGUUGAAAAUAUAAUAUUUAAGAUUAGUUUAAUCAUUAUAUAUAUGAUCUAUGUUUAAAUAUUACUGUUUAUCAAAAAUAAAUAUCCUAUUGCUUAACCUUACCAACAUAAUAAAUCGAUACAAACCAAAGUAGCGUAAGCUCCUAAUGAAUUAAACAAUUUCUGCUGUAUUUACAUUGUAUAUAUAAACUGUUAAUAUACAUAUAUUAUAUCUUAGCCACUAUCCUAUAUUUUGUAUAAAUAAAUUAUUAAUUAUACAUGAUUAUUGGUUAUAGUAUGAUUAAAUAUCCUUCCUGUACUUUUUUGUUUCACCGACCGGUUUAAAAAUCAAUAGAGUUUGUUUUUGUAGCCAAACAAAUCGUCUAGUAAAAACGAAAUUUUAAAAUUCGAAAUUGUUUGUAAAAGAGAUCACAUACGAACAGACGAAAAGACAGACACAGACAAAAUAAUUAAGUUACUUAAUAAUAUAGGUAGUUUAUUACGUGUAUAUUUCGAGUCCCCCCUCCCUCAUUUGAAAUUGUAUUUUUUUUUCAUUCUAAUAUUUAGUAUCUAUUUGUAUAACCAAUAUAGAAUAAUUUGUAUUCUAUUUUUUACUGCAGUAAAUUCACUUUUUUUUUAUCAGAGGUGAAACCUCUUUUAUAUAUGUAAAUAUAUGUAAAAUUAAAACAAAACAAUUAACAAUAUAUUCUUAAUACAUAAUUAAAAACAAUAUACUCAUUGAAAAAUAAAUACCUUUAACGUUUCUUUUAUGAAUUAAAAAUGUGUUAUAAUUUUAAUUAUUUGAUCACGUUUCAACUCCGAAAAAUUAAUAUAAUAUAAAAGGUCUUCGAGGAUCUUUGACUAGGUGGUAAAAUUCGAGAACACUCGAGUAAGUAUAUUUAUUGUUUUGAGAUAUCCCUUUUGUCUUCUAGAUUAUACAAAAGCUAAUAAUCAUAAUAUUUUUUAUUUGACAUCAUAUUUACUAAAAUCACUCCUUCCGAUAUCACCGUGCUCAUCCAAAAGAAAUAAUGUUGUUAUACAUAAUUUCAAAUAUUAUCAUAUUGAUCACAUGUAUAUAUACAAAUUAUUUUGAUACGCGUAUUAUUUUUUUUGUAUUUUCUCGAAAAUACAAACUAUUUCACUGUAUUGUGUCUGUUAUAUAUAUUUAUAUUUUUCAAGUACUUCUGGAUACUUUUAACAGCUCCUUUUGGACUAAAUAAUUUAAAACUCAGGAACUAAAUUUUUUUUGUAGGUGAAUUAAUAUGAUACAAUAUCAGUUGAAUUUCGAUAUUAAUUUCACUAAAUGCUUUGUAAACCCUUUAUUACUCCCCUAAUGAAGCUAAGGAGAUACAACUUUGUUUAUGCGUAGUGUAUGUAUCAAGGAUGUGCCUUUUGAUGGUAUGAACUUCUGUCCCCUUCCUAAACCAACUUUAUGCUCAAAUUAUAUGUUUUCACAUGGAAUACCCUUAUAGACUUAUACAGAUAAUGAUGAACAUAUAAAUAGUAUUGUUGUUAAGGAUGUACCUUUAGGAGGUUUCAACUUCAAACUUCGUCCCCACCAUAUAUUCUAAUACAACUAAAAUCUCGGGAACUAAUUUACUUAUUUUGAUGACAUUUUUCUUUUUCUCUGAAAAAGGGGUGAGAUAGUCAUAGUGUAUCAUGAAAUAGAGCAAGGGAGAUGGUAUACGUAAGAAUGAAAUGGCUGUUUAGUGGAGUAGUUCUCAAACAGUGAUACGUGGUAGGCAGACCGUGAGGUGGUUGUAUACCUACAUAAAUUUGCACUUUCUUAUAUUGUCCAUUGAGUAUACUAUUUUAUAUUUUGUGUAAGUAUUAAAAAAUACUUUAUAAAUAAUAUUAUACUAUAGUAUUUUUUUGUCAUAUUAUUUUAAAAUUAAUGUACUGAUAUUUUGAAUAGUCCAGUUUUUAGUCAUAAGUGGUACUUAAUAGAUUUAUAAUACACAUGGGUGGUACUCGAAAAACAGUUUGAGAACCUCUGAUGUAGUGGUUUAAAAUUAAAAAUAAAUUGUAUUAAUUAUAUAAACUUAAUUAAAUUAAAUUUAUAAUAUAAUAUUAUUAACAUCAGUGAGCAACUCUGGCAACUAUUUUAGAUCAAACAAGAAUAAUUCCCCUGGGAGAAAAUUCGACUUUAUAAUGGUGGAGCUCUACUGCUUACGGGUGUUUCCUUUUUUCCGUAGAUUUAUAGGUUUAAGCACAUGAGUAUUGCCAUGGAUACAUAAGUUGUUUAUGUCUAAAAUCUCAGUGAUUCGUUUUCAUCUUUUCAAAAGCACCGGAAAUUUGUUUCCAGAUGGUAAUAUAUAUAAAUAUAUGUUGUGAACUUGUGACAUAUGUACGUAUAUAAACAACGAGAUCAAAUUAAUAUUUAUUUUUAUAGUGACGUAUUAUAAGAAAAAAGUAAGAUUAAUAGAGUCAUUUGGGUUCUAUACAAACGUAUAUAUUUUAUAGAAAAUGUAAAAAAUUAAUUAAUUUUCGUCUUCUAUGAUAUUGAAAUGGUUUUUCUAUAUUCUACAUAAUAUACAUAAUAUAUUCACUUAAAAAUUAAACAAAUUGUUCAAAAAAGAAAUGCAAAGUUUUUCAAGGUUUUGUAAAUAUUAUCUAGUAUAAAUAUAAUAUAUAAUAUAAGUAUAAAUACAAAAAGUCAGAUAUACAUUGCACCACGAGUAGGGCCACUGUUGUAAUGUUUUCAGUUUUUCCCAAUUAUUAUGAAAACUGCUUGGAAAAUCAAAAAAAAUUAUAUUUUUUAUCCAGAUAAAAUUUCUUUCUAGAAAAUAUACUAUACUUUGGCAAGAUUUUUGGUAGAAAAGUUGUUUACAGAUAAAAAAAAAUUAAAAAAAAAAACAUUAUUGUUUCACUCAGAAUCUAAAAUAAGUAGGAUUUAUUUAAUUUUCAAUUUAAUUAUCUUUAGUAUCUAUAUUACCUAUAUUAUAAUGUAUGUUUAUUACACGUACGCAAAUAAAAUACCAUAAGAUAUAUACGAUACAUGUAUAAACAUUUAAUAAUAAUUAACCAAACUUGUUUCGUAAAGUAAGAAUUUAUAUCAAAUUUGUAUUUUUAUAUUAAGCCAUAUGAGGACUUAAUUAUGUUUAAUUCUACAGAAAUUUUAAAUUUCGAUGGAUUACGAAACUUAAACGUGUUCACCAUUACUUCAUUUAAUUCAGUAAAUUUAUUGAAUAAUUGAGCUAAAUCGGUAUCGAUUAAAGGGAAAUAUAUUUUAACCUGUAUACAAACAUAAUUUAGUAUAAUGUUGUCGUAUAGUUUUGAACUGAGUAGUAACACUCUAAUUAUUGCAUAUGCAUUUUUCGGUAUUUAGUACCAAGUAAUAAUUUUUAAGUGUAUCAUUAUUGAUGAUCAUAUUAUCUCUAUUAUUUGUUGAAGAAAUUUACAAGCAUUUUGUAUGUUAAUUUCAUUAGACUGCAGACAUUUAGAAACUAAGUUGGACCAAUUUUAAAAUAUUUUCAGGCACAAUAAGAAAAUAAAUUCUUUAUUUUCAAAUUUGGGUUCUUUGACUAGAAUUUUAAUAGAACUUUACUAGAACCCUUUACUAGAUUUGAAGCGUGGGGUCCUAGUUCAAUGAACUGCCAGAAUCGUGGUUUCUACGAUACUGAGCAUGUUACUAAAAUUUGGAUUAGAUUGUAAUUCUCCUAUUGAUUGGGUUUUCGUUAUUGAUAAAGUGUGUGUGGGUUUAGUUUUUCCGGAUUAUAUUUUCGCCGGCGAAAUCGUAUACAAUUAUAUAAUAUAUAAUUGUAAUUUUUAAUUAAAUUCGACACACGUACGACGAGUAAAUUAUGGCAAGUGCGGAAUUAGCUGUAAAUAUUACAACCUACGCUUGUUUUGCAAAAUUGGAUUUCCGAGCCGAAACGAAAACGUCGAAUUCGAUAAAACGAUUACUCGGCGUAAUAAUAUGUUGCCCUCCUAUAAUCGUAUUUUAUACGGGUAUCUUAUAAAUAUGUAUAGAUUCAUGGUAGUAAUAAUUAGAGACCGAAAUUAUGAAUAUGUUCUAAAAAGGUGCUAGAUAUGAUUGUUUAAACAUGGCGUAUACUGUGUAUAAAAUAUACUAAUUAUAUGCACUAAAAAUAAAAAAACAUGCCGUAAUUCUUAAAAUAAUAUGCGAUACGCUUAAUAAAGUUUUCAGAUCUAUGAAAUAAGUUAGAUUUGAAAGAGUUAAAUUUCAAACCGUCGUGAGCGUACUCAAACAGUUUACAAAUGCAUAUAAUUCUCGUUUCUAGAUUAAUAAUAUUAAUAAAUAAUAAAAUAAUAAAGUAAAAAUAAAAUUAUUAAAAUGGUUAAUACUCGUAAAUAAAUAUAGUAAAUAAAUAUAUAAAUAAAAAAUGUAUACAUAAAAAAAAAAAAAUAAAAGAAUGAAUGCGUCACCUGGAGUAUUAUAAGUGUAUUAUACGACCGGUUUCGAAUUAAAAUUUCAUUAUCAGGUAUAUCACAGUUAAAAUAUAUUAGGUUUGUUCGUUUAAAAAAAAAAGUGUACACGUCUUUUCACAUAGAUUUUACACUAGAGUUUAUAAAUUCAAUACCUACCACAUUUAAUGAUGUGACUGCUAUGAGAAGUUAAUUCCUUAUUAAAAAAAAGUAUACAGUUACUGUAUACUUUGUUUUUAAACGAACCUAUGUUCGUUUAAAUAUUAUGGUAAUAAUAUUGAUAAUAACAAUAAUAAUAAUAAUAAUAAUAAUAAUAAUAAUAAUUUAACUAUUAUGAUAUUUAUCACGAAUAUAAUCAGCGCGGACCAACGAUUACCCGCAUACGUUUACUGCCGGCGGACAGGUGUAGGAACAACAAUUGUUGUUUAUUAGAAUAUUAAAAUAUUAUUAUCGUUCGAGCUGAGUGUGUAUAAAACGUAGGAAUACUAUUUUAAAGACCGACAUAUAUUUUACCCUCGUAUUUAUUAAUAUGAUUUACGAACUAUAUAUUUCUUCGACGAUAUAAUAUAUUAUUGUACAGAAUAGUACGGUGUGCCAGUAACUAUUGAUUCCGUGAUAUUUGAUCAGAGAAGCACGGGGAGUAUUGGAGAAAUAUUUGGAGGUCAAUAAUCACAAGUGACAUUUUGCCUCCACGGUAAAAUUAUUUAUCAAGCAAAAUUUUACUAAGAUUGUGUUAAUUUUUGUGGUGACUCCAGCAUAGAUGUGUACAAGUCAGCUUCUAUCGGCAGGAAACUCAGGAGAAGUAGUGAUUUUUAAAAUUAAUUCUUAUAUAUACAUACAAUUUAUAUUUAAAACAUUUUGGAAAUACUGAAUAAAAAAUAUUCCGGUGGAUAUAUUUAAAUCUAAUUUAAAAAAUAUAAUUUUGGGUUGUUCAUUAUAUUUUUCAAAAAAUAAUGAGAUAUAUUGAGGUAUCUAAUUGCAAAGGUAGGUAAUCAAAAUAAAACAAAUUGAAAAUAUAAUAAAACUGCAUAUUUUUCAAUAAUUUAGAAUUACCUAUUUUUGUAUGUAUAUAAUUCUGAUAUUAUUGAACGAAUUAAAUUAUUAAUUUAUCUAUAUUAAGUAUCCAUAUUAUUAAACAUAUUCAAAUUGUUUAUUUUUGAUUAUCUGUGAAACAAAUUUGGUGCAGUGUUUCCAUAUCGUUUGAUUAAUUAAAAUGAAUUUGUUCGCCUAUUUGAAUAAAAUCAUCAUAAAAGUUAUCAAAUUUUCAGUUUACCCUCUUCGUUAUAUUGAAAUAGCUCAUAAAAUAUUACGAAAAAUCAAAACUACGAAUAUUAGCUAUUCUGAAUUAUUUUAUGGCGGGCGUAUAAGUUUUAAAUGCUAUUUUUUUGAAACGUACCAUUUUUACAAUUUACGCAGUAGUCCUAAAACACAAAAGUAAUUUCCGAAAUUCAGAUUAACAAAAAAAAAAAAAACACUAAAGAAAAAAAAAUUGUAUUUUAUUUACAGCAGGGUCGUCCGUGUAUUAUAUUUGUACAGUACGUGUACGGUCGACGAUGGCAACGAUGGAACUCGAAUUUCCGGUGUGCAAAGUAAAAUCGUGCCAGUAUCAAUAACAAUUUGCGUUCGAUUUUUUGUUCUCUUUUUUGUUUGUUUGUCACCCGAUGUCGUGUCCUACGCGUGUAUAUAUUAUAUAGCCUACACUGUAUUUUGCGCACACGUUUAUAAACACUGUUAUAUAUUAUGUAUGCAAAUGCAGACACGUCGGCAUAGGGUUUAGUCGUCCCGUGUAUAUAUCUAAUCUGAGAUGGAAAUUUAUUCGUCGGUCGAUAAUAAUAAUAAUAAUAAUACCUACCUAGCGUACUUACCGUACCCGCGUUGUCGUUGACCGAUUACCGGAUUUAAACGCAGUCCGUACCCUUUUUAAUAUUCGUAAUAAUAUUCGUCGGUGGCGGUGCCGGUCGCGGUGUAGAUAGCGAUCGCGGUAAAGUGGUACACAUGUAUUAAAUAUUAGGCCUAACACACUACCAGGGUGAAGCCUGCGGUUCUCACACGUCACUGGGAUUAAAUCUGCGGUUUUCACGCACCACCGUGGUAACAGGAUUGGUAUAUUGGGUCCCGGGAAAAAAAGUUAGUAGGUAAAUUGAGUCCUUGCAAAAAAUAAAUUGUAUAUAUAUAUUGUAUACACAAGUCAAAUUUUAUAAUUGUGGCAUAAAUAGUAUAAGUAAUAUUAUACAUAAAUGAAUAAAUCGUAGAGUAUAAAAUUAAAAGAAAAUUAGAUUUCUAUUUUUAUAAUUCAAUUGAAGUAGGUAUGCGUGUGUUUUAUAAUAUGUUCUCGGUAAAUAUUUAAAUGAUUUUUAUACACGGGACUCAAUUUACCGCUUUCAAAAUGUACAUAAAUUUUCGCUGACCCAAUUUACCUACCCCCCGCAGUAAAACUGGUGGUUCUCACACCCCACCGUGAUGGCGGUGGUGCUGGUAGUGCGGAUGAAGAUAGCGAUGACUUCGGCGGCGGCGGAGUAGUCCACAGUUCCAACACACACUAUCGCGGUAGCGUUGACGGUGGUUUUUAUUCUUCUGAAAAUCGAAACCAUUAUACGUCGAUGUUUUUAAAUUUAUCACAACGCGGCGGUUUCAUGGGACAAUUUUUCGUCUAUUUUACCGCGUGAUCCACAAAGGUUUCGCCGCGAUGUUAAGUGGGCCUAUAAUAUUAAAUACUUGUAUACCAUUUACCACCACCGCUGCCUUCAAACUUAAGAACAUUAUUUGUGUCGUGUCGUCGUUUUUUUUUUUUUUUUGUAAUUUUAAUUUUCAAGCAAAAUGAUAGUGAGUGAAAUAUAACGAUUUAAAAAUGUUUAUACAGCGCUUAAAAAUUUAAAAAAAACGAUGACACGACACAGAUAAUGUUCUUAAGUUUGAUAAAAGAUAGGAACAUUAUCUGUGCCGUGUCGUCGUUUUAAGUUUAAUCAAAAAUAAAUUCAUUUUCUGAUAAUAAAACUAACAGUACAGAAUUGUUUCGACUGAAAGAAAAUUGACUAUGUCACGUGGUUGUAAUAUAAUGGAGACAGAACAUAUAACGUCCUUUUAAUAUUGCGUACGCUUCGUGCACAGAAUCACCACUGCACUAUCGUCGGUAUAGUUGUAAUAUUAUUACGAAAAUUAUAAACAUUAAUAUUAACAACGUUUUUGAUGUGGACAACCCAUCUACGAAAAUUGCAGUGAACCCCGUCUAUCCCACGUCAUCGUCUUGUCGUGCAUUGAAAAUUAUUAUUAUCAUGAUUUAUAGUGUAUAUUAUAAUUAUAAUUUAUAGAUGUACCGGAGAACGAGAUAUUUUAUCGUUUUCAUAUAAGUAAUGAAAAUGUAAAUAUUUUUAAUUAUAAAAAUGGUCAGUUAAAAUUUAUACAGUAAAGUAAUAAAUUAAUAGUUCUUUAUUAUAAUUUAAAAUUUUGCCUGAUUAAUUGUUUUCAUUUAAUGUGUUGAUCAGAAUUACUUGUGGCCUGUGCAGUUUGUUUCUCGGGCACGAGACACUAUACUGCAAAUGAAAAAUAUUCCAAAAUAAAUCAAAUAAAAACUAAAGAACUAGAAAAUUUAAAACAUUUUAUACUUUAAAAAUCGCCAAAUUAUUCUAAAAUUGUAUCGCGUCUAGAAAUAUUAUAAGAAUUUGGUGACAAUUUCAAGUUUUUACAAUUAUUUCUAACCAGAUUAUAACAAAAAACAAAAUCUAAAAUAACAGAACAAGAAUUUCAUAAAUUUAAAAAUGACAUUCCCAAUGUAACCUAAUCAAAUAGAUACAAUUUUAUACUAGAAACCACCCGUACAGUUUAUCAUUAGAGCGAGGUUCCUGGCAAAAAGUUUUUACAAACAGUAAAAUAAAAAAAAAGACGGACAUGCUUCGUACAUGGGUGGACCACUGUUGAAGGUGAGAAAUUGAGAAGGUAGUAGAGGGGAAAUUAAGUGGAUAUCUGUACGUAACAAUUAACCAUUGCUAACGAAAAAAUGAUUCUGAGCGAAGUUUGGCUGAUAGUGUUGCUUUGUCAACAGUAUAAUAUAUGUCAUAUUAUUGUAAAAUAAUUGUAUAUGCAUUAAACAUUUUCUUUAAUAAUAUUUGUUUAAAACUGUACCUAUUUUCCCGUUUUUCUUCCUUUUUAUCCCAUGUAUUGGGAAAACUCCUGGUAAAAUCAAAAAAUGACCUUCUUAAAGUACCUCCUCAGUCUGAUUUCCUUUCAGAAAAAAAACUAUUAUUGUAAAUCGGAACAAGAUUUCUGGUAGAAAAGUUGUUAAUAGAUAAAAAAGAUAAAAAUCAUUACAAAACCAAUACAUUCUUUACUUUACUAAGAAUGUAGAAAUUAAAUCAAACUCCCAAUUUACGGGUUUGUGCAUAACAUAUGAAUUAUGUUUUAAAUUCGUACAGUAUUUCAAACCAAAUAUGUAGAUAACAUUAUGAUAUAAAAUUAAUUAGAAAUACAAAUUCGAAGUUCGGUGCAGACAGUUUUAUGCGAUCUGAAAAUAUGGAUCUGACGAGAUGUAGUUGCGUUGCUGGAGCAGAACUACGUUGGCGUAAAAGGUCUUUACGACGUAGUCUUCAAUAUUAUUUGGCGGUCCCAAUGGAAUUGACGUUAUAUGGUUUUUUUUAUUUAUACAUUGUGAUUUCGUAAUGAUUGAUUUGAGUGUCGUGGAUAACUGUAUGGGAAGCCGUAUUAUAUGUGAACCCGUGCACACAAGGCGUACUUGCAGACUGGAACGAGUAAAUAGGUUUUACAAAAUUCGUCCGAUCGAUCUUUCGCCGGCAUAUCGAUCAUAAAUUAUUAUGGCCACAGAAUAUAUUUGAAUUACGUUGUCGUGGAUAGAGUUAAUUUUUUACUUACUGAUAUUGUAUUUUGGUAUGAAACGAAAUGCCUAUUAUUCGAAAAAUUUCACCGGCCAACAUCGUCCCCGCACCGACGUGAUUGCAGACUACCCAAUAUUUUAUUAAACUGAAUUUUCUUCUGUAAACUUUGAUUUCAGCAAAUUAUACAUCGGCCUCGACGCGAAGACGUUAUCAAUUAUCAAAAAUAACAGUUUUUUUUUAGCGUCUCAAGCAUCUCAAUUGCCCAAGAAAGAUUUUUGAGAAUCACUCUGUCGAGAAUCCUGUAGCGAAUACAUACAGUCACUACCACCUUUUUUUGUAUAUCUCUCUUGAAUAGUUAGCUCCGACUUUUAGUAUCUAUAAUCACUUGUGUUCAAUUUAUUUUAUAUAUUUAUUUUAAUUAUUCAACCUUCUUUCUAUCCUAAUUUAAACAUUAACAUUUAUUAUCAGAGUGCAAGCAGUUUCUAAGUGUUAAGAUUAACUUAUAUUAUUUUGAUUGAAUUGUCUCGGCCGUCCUACAAUUCCAGGACCACGAUAGGACACCUACGAUUGAUAACCCUAUCGUUCCAACACCAUGGGCAGGUAAAACAAUUAUAAUUUCUUUUAUUGGUAUCGUCAUUAUUCUCAGACUAAUGACCCCGUAUCCUUUCGAACAACAAUAGGAAGGUAGUGAUUCAAAUACUAGAUUUAAUAUAGGUCUCAAAGUAAAAUACCCAGUUUAUCUUAUAUCAUAUUAUUAUUAUUUAUCAUCAUAUCAUUAUCCCCCCUAUCCUACCCUCUAUUUUUAUUAAUACAAAACUUACGCAUGCAAUUCACUUAAGACAUUGCAUAUUGUCUGUUAAGUGAAUUUCAUGAAAAUUGACGUUCUGUCAGAUUUUGAAAAAGAUUCAAGUGAUGUUUAAUUUUUAAUUUUAUUAAUCCUGUAUAGAGUUUCAUUGUCUUUAAAAUUUGAAACACACCGCGAACGAACUUAAUACGAUACGGAAAUUAUUAUUUUUUUAUCGAGCUACACAAUGUAGGCACCUAUUAUUAUUUGUAUAAUUGUAUUAAACAAAAAGUUGAGCUUUGAUUGACGGCGUUUAAAAUAUCAUUUUUUAACGUGACUAAGUUUUUAGCUCAUACAUAUAGAAUUACUUCAAAGAAGGGUAUGAAUAUAAUACGUAUUUUGAUAUCUACACUUGUUUUUAAAUAUGUUUUGGAUUAGAUCAUUUCAGCGAAUAUUUAUUUUUGUGUGGGAUAAAGUACAAUUAUAAUAUUAUCGUUAAUAAUUUGGAGAAUAUAAAGAAUGGUUUAUUUGAAAGAAGUUUAUUUGCUUAAUUUAUUUAUUGUUAUUAUUAUUAUUUCCUAACAAAUUUUCUCUUGCAGGUGACAUCUCUGACAUAUUUAUAAAUAAUUCUAUGUUAGUUUUCAAUUAUUUUCUUUUAUCGACGGAUACUACAAAUAUUUCAGGCACAUCUAAUUUAUUAUAGGAAUUAGACUGUUAUAUCCGAAGAAUAAGUCCAUAGUGUAUAAAAAGAACAACAAGAUCGUCAGGGAUCUUUUGUUAAUUUAAUAACGGACACAAAAAAUUAAAAAAUUGAACAUUUACAAUUUUAGAGAUCCGUACAGACUAUAAUAUCCAUCUUCUUUUUCUCUUUCCUCGUCUUCAAUUAUUUGAUUGGUACAUCAAGAUCCCUUUUAUAACUCAAUUCUUUUAACUUCUUGUAACUAUCCUUAUUCAUGUCUGCCAUGAUUUGUUUCAUGCACUCCAUCCUUGGUCUUUUUCUAAUAUGAACUUUUACGCUACAACACAUUUCAUUAAAUUAUAGUGACCUAGUAGACGUCCCAUAUUAUUUUUUAUUCUAACUUUUAUACAAUGUCAAAGUUAUUGAUUUUCCUUUAUUUCGUUCAAUACUACUUCUUCGUUUGUUAUUAUUUCUAUUUAUUUAAUCCAAUUUCAAGUAUUUUUUCACACAUAACAUCAUAUUUUAAAAGCUUCUAGUUUUAUUUUCUCUUCUGUAGCGAUUGUCUAUGGAAAUUCGCUGUAUGACUGUAAAACCUGCUAGUUUUACAGCCAUGCAGAGACAUAUUCCACAUAUACACUUUCAGGAAUUUUUUAAUUACAAAUAUGAUCAUGCUAUAAGUGGUCAGCAGAUGGUUUUUGUUUUGAAUAGAGCUGUUUACUUGAGCUAUUCUGUUAACUAAGUCUGCUUUACUUCAGCCGUCUUUUAUUAUUUUACUUCCUAAAAAAUUGAAGUACCUAUUGUACGUGUUCUAUUUAUGCAUUACGGUUUUCAUAAUACUAUGAAUGUAAUUUGCUUUACUGCUCACUUUAACUUUUGUUUUUUUUAUUUAAUCACAUUUCAUAUCUGAUCCAUAAUAUUUCGUUUACAUCGUUAGCUAGAAUAUUUUUCAGAUCAUCUUCCGUUUUCACAGGUGAAGAUGCCAUUUGCAAUGUAAGUGCAUUAAUUAUUUUUCACUUAUUUUAAAUCCUUGUUUUUCUCCUAUUGAUUUUUCAUUGUUUCCUUAAUUUUUAAAUUAAAUAUUAUUGUGGAUGAAAUACAACUUUGCCAAACACCCUUUUCAAUUUUACCUACUUCUUUUCUAUCUUUGCAUACUACUAUAUUUUGACUGUAUAUAAUUUAUAAAUACUUCUGUUGUCAUGAAACAUUAUGUCAAUACUCUUUGUAAAGUAGUUUACUCCACUUUACAUUAUUAAAAGCUUUCUCUAAGUCAACGAAUGCAAAUAUGCAACUUUAUUAUAAUAUAACUUUAUCCUUCUGAUUUGUUUUUUUAUUAGUGUUCUAAACAUUGAUAUUGCUUACUUGAUUCCUAUAUUUUCCUGUCCAGUCUCAUCCCCACGAAAAAGUGUGCCUUCGUUGUUUACCCGCUGUUUAUAUAUUUAAUAUACAGUAUAAAAUAUAAAUAUACAAUUUUAUUGUACUAUGUACAUUUUAAAAUUUUCCUGUGUAGGAAAAUUGUUUUGUAUUUACUAUUUAAUCAUUAUAAAUAAAUAAUAUUAUCAUCAAAGUUUAAAUUAUCGAACAUUUUAAGAUAGAAUUUUUAGAGAAACACUUAGCGAUACAUAGUAUUGUGUUAUGCGGGAACUGCAAAACGAUUCUUAACACUGCUGAAAAAUGUAUUUAUAUAAAUAAAUUGGUAUCACCCGACUGCCACUGUGUACUACUAUAAUAUCAUAUUUCAUUCCUCGCGUUUAUUAAUUUUGUUUUGGGAUUGUUGCACAGGGAAUAAAACGGUAUCUACCCUUCCCCCCCGUGGCGUUUUGACACCCCUGCUGUGAACUUGUUGUUUGUUGUUUGCAGCGAAUAGUCGCAGAUUAAUUUUCCCAUUAUUUGUGUGAAAAAACUUAACCUUGUUGUACAAAUCGUAUUACGCCCGUAGUAUAGCGCAUUCCGUAGGUAGAAAUGCUUUGAUAUAAGGACAAUUACUGUUUGAGGAUUUUCGAGUCAUUACUAAGUUUUCGUGAAAAUUUACAAAAAGUUUAAAUAUUGAAUAUUUUUUAAUUUUAGAUUCUGAGCGUAGUGAGGAAUGUAUCGAUUUUACAAUUUUAUACUAUUUUAGACUCUGAAUGGAGCGAGGAAUGUAUUGGUUUUACAAUGAUGUUUAUUUUUUUCUGUGAACAACUUUUCAACCAGAAAUUCUGCUAUAAUAAAAAAAUGAUACAUGAUACAAAUGAUAUUUGGUACAUUGCUGAGGUAAUUUUUUUUGACUUUUCAAGCAGGUUUCAUAAUAAUUGGGACAACUCAAAAAAAUGUAUAGAAAAACAGACAAAUAUUUACGGCUUUAUAGCGUUAGCAGUUUCAUUAUUUUAAAUUUUUUAAAUUUUUUUUUUCUAACAAAAUGUUCGCAUUGAUUUCAAGAGUAACUUUUUUUCUUAAAGAAAGUUUUGUUUAGUUAGUGUAUAAGAUAGUUAUUUUUUGAUUUUCCAUAUAGUGCUCUUAAUAAUUGGUCAAAAUCGAUAAAACUUAGGAAAAACGGGAAAUUUUUUGGAAAUACCGAUAAAAUUAUUCAAAUUCUUUUUUUUUUUUUGUAAUUCUAUAAAAAAAAAUCAUAUAAAGAUGUUCAUAAAAUACUUCUAAAAAAAAUCCGCACUCUAAUCAUUAUAAUAUAUAUUGUGAAUUCACCAGCUUUAUGAUGUAGGUUACGCCGUAAAGUAUUAUUAAAAAAAAAAAAAUGACAUGGCAUUCGUUUUUAUGAAUACUAAAUAUAUACAUAUAGUACGGUGUCGCUAUGCAUAAUACAAUUCUGUUUAGUGCUUUUUUUCUACUGUGUCAGACGUGUCAACGUUAGUGUAAGAGUAACUUUUCAAUUUUUUUAAAUGCAAACAAAUGUCGGAUAGUGUGUAGGUGCCUUUAUAUGUAUAUAUAUAUAUAUAUAUAUAUUAUGUAUAUAAUUCCUGUUAAUGCGAAUAGGCUUCAAUUGUUAAUUGAAGUUAAUCUAAUAAAAGAGAAACGAAAAAAUGAAAAUAGUUUAUACAUAUAUUUAACAAUGUUGGUAGGUAUCUAAAUAAAAACCUACGACAGCUUUUCUCGUUUAUCGUAGAAAAUCGUCUGGGAUCCCAGUCACGUUGGAGUCAAAUAAAAUUACACGCACACGCCAUCGGUCAAGGAGAUGAUGUCUAAACUGUUGUUAAUGUAAAAAAUAAUUGAAUGAAUUUUCGUAACUCCCGCUUCGGUGAACUUAAACCGUCUAGAAAUAUAAUAACAUAUUAUAUUAUUUUGUUAAAAAGGAUUAAAAAGGGCUUGUGGUGGGUAAUACGAUUUUUAAACAAAUUAUACUCAUCGUAUUGUAUUUUUUUUUAAUUUUUCAGUCAUUUAGAUGCUGAACAAUAAUUCAAACUGAUCAUGACUCGCCCUUUAUUAAAAGCGGCGGUGUUUAUCACCACAUUCGUCAUCUGUAGUAUCAAUUGCGACCGAUACGUAGGUGAGUAGAAUCAUAUUUUAAUUUUUUUUUUCAAAUUUGAUACGUAAGACCGAUUUUAUUGAUUUAUUGAUUAAAUUUAAUAAGUCAUUUACCGAUAUUAAUGAAUCUAUGUAUAUUAUAUAGGAAAAAAUUCGUAUAAUUAUUAUCGUCAUAUUUUUUAAACUCUAUAUUUAACUUGAUUGAUUUACUAUAGCAUUAUAAAUUUAACCAGUGCCUAAAUUAUAUGUCAUUAAAUAACUUUAGACUCAAAACUUUAGAAUUCAUGAAUUACUUAUUAAAUUUUAGAAAGAAAUGUACAAUAAGUAUUUUUAGAUGUUUUAUGAUAAAUUAUUAAUAUUUGGUUUAAAACCGAAACGCGAUUUUCAUUGCCCGUUGGAUUUGUUGUCAAUUUUCUGCGACACAGUCAGAAAAAAAACUGUAUAAAAAUAUUAUAUUAUAAUAAAAACAUGCCCAUAAACAUAAUUAAUUAUAUAUUAAAAUAUUAUUCUAAUAGUGUAUAGUAGAAAGUCCACAAUUUGAAUGACGACUCUUUCGUGGUCUAAUCAAUGCUAUGAAAGUUCUACUGUACCUAUACACUUAUUACGACGACCACCAACCUAUCCUCGAAUUUUUAUGUGUUGUUGAUUAGUAUUAUACUAAGUGAUAUUAGUUUAAUGUAUUACAUAGUAUAUCACCGACAGGCUUUAACCAAAAUUAUUGAUAAGUGGGUGGUCGUAGAUCGUUACAUUGUUGAACGAUAAAAUUGCAGUGAAUUUGAAGUAACACUUUAAUACCAAUUUAAUAUUAAUUUGUUCAUAAGAUGGGUGGUGGUGGUUAUGCCAUUGUUAGUACGUAUAAAAAAUUGAUGGGUCUCACACAAAAACAAAUGUUUCACACGCCACUGAUCUCUGAACAAUAUUAUUUAAAUUCAAAAAAUUUAUGUUUACACAUAAAAUAAUAUUAUAACUUUAUAAACCGUUCAAUGAUCGGUUCAUUUAAUUUGGGCUAUUUUUUUUAAACGCACGUUAAAAAUUUAAUGAAGUAUUAAAAUUAUUAUGCUUUUCUAUUUUAAAACACUGACAAUUUUUUGAAUACACACCUGGAACUUUUUUCACGUUCACCUCUGAUGGCUGAUAAUUUGGAAUAGCUAAGAUUUCAACAGAUUUUUUUGUAAUUAUUGUGAUUUUUUUUAUAAUUCACUUUUAAUGCUUCCGUAUAACUGACAAUUAGGAUGGACGUCGGCGUCGACGGUGAGAACAGGUAAAACAAUUGUUUUAACGAAUUCGCGGUAAACUAUGUAUUUAGUAUUUUAAUGGUUUUUUCCCCUGCAAAAGUUCACUGAAGUAAAUAAAAGCAUGUUAAACCUUCGUACACGUUUUUUUUUUUUUUUAAUAUUACUAUUAAUAUUGUUUAUUAUUGUUAAUUAUAUUGUAAUAUUAUAAAAUAGCGCCAAAAUCUUAGCUAUAUUGAAGAAAUCGUUACAAAAUAUUUCAAUUUAUAUUUUAUACUAUAUAACUGCAGCAGCUAAUGGAAGUUCAAUUAUAUUGUAAUAAAUUAAUUUGAAUUAAGAAAUCGAAAAAAAAGCGAAUAUAUUCACUUUCAAAGUAACGAACGCGACCGAAAUUUAAAUUUAACUCUAAUUAAUUUAAUUAUAAGUUAAAAAUGAAAAUUAAGUUCGUGAAAAUUAAAUUUGCGGUAAUCAAAAGAGAACAAGUUUACGUCGAACGCGUUAUCUGUGGCUAAGUACAUUCUGAAUUUAAUUUAAUUUUUUUUUAACUGUUUAAUCAUUUAAGUUUAAUAUAUUAUUCAAAAUAAGAAUAUGGUUAGUUAAAAAGUAAAUAUAAAUUCAUUGUAAUAGCUAAGUAUAAACGUACGUAAAAUAAACAAAUGUAUAAAACCAAAAUAAUAGGUAUGAAUGGCAAAUACAUAUUUUUUUUGGUCGAAUAUUCAUAAACGGAAAAAAAAAGUUUAAUUUUAUUACUGAGUAUUUAUUUAAUUGAGUUUACGAGGAUAUAAAUUAACUAAGUAAUUAACUAGGAAUCUAAUUAUAUUUGAAUAUAAAGAUGACGUGUCUAUGGUGAAAUAUAUGAGAUUUUCGUUUUAUUUUUAUAAUAACAACUAAUAUAUCAUUAACAGAAUAACAGUGCAUUUUUGUAGAAAUAUCACAGUUAUAAUAUAAUAUGUAAACAAAUAAAAAACUUUUUAUUUGCUAUUAUUUACAUUUAAACUGAACAAUAUCAAUAGUUUAUCUAUCUGCACAUUAUUGGUCGGGACGUAGGUAUACCAUUUGGAAUUAGUUAUUAAUUAAUUCAUUAAAACAAAUAUAGGAAAUCUCUUAACUCAUUAUAUCCACCAUCUACAUCAUAAUAUUCAUAAAAUGUGUCGUAAAAAAGUACGAUAAAAAAAUAUACUUAAAUAGAAUUCAAUGCAGAAAUGAACUCAAUAUUAUCUUGUACGUAUAGUAAAAGAAAUAUUUUAUGGAAAAUCUGGAACUAACCCGUGAAUAUAUUAAAUGCUUAAAAAUACAAUUGUAGAAAAAUUGCUUCCAUAAAGCGAUGUGUAGAAAUCGGUCUAAUUGCAUAAUAAUAUAUAUUAUCUAUAUUAUAUAUAUAUCUAUUGUAACUUGACCAUAAAUGGUUUUUGAUCUGCUACAGGUAGAUAUAAAAUUCUCGGAUUUUCCCAUUAUUUUAUAUAUGCAAAAUAUGAACAUUUUUCAAAAAAUGACUUUUUUUUAGUAUUUCGACUAGAAUAAAAAUACUUUUAAAAAAAAGUUCUUACUAAGUUUUUCAUCGGAACAAAUCUUUAGGUAGAAAAGAAUAUCUUUAUUGUUUGUAGGUCAAAUAAAAUCUUCGAGAAAAAAAAACCUCGACCGGAAAAGCAAACGUUUAAUAAUAAAAUUUAAAAAAAAAACAAAAAAAUAGAAUAGUAUACCUACCUAGAAAAUAUUAUUAAAACGAGGAUUUUUUUCCCCGCUACUGUCUCGAGAUUUUCGGCUAAAAAAUACAAUACGUUAUUUUGUUUGUAUAUAUAUAUUUUAUCCGUCAUCAGUGUUUCAUUUUCAUACAAAUUAAAUUUAAUACCUACUCUGUCUAACUACAGGUAGGUACACCCACUCGGUGUUUAAUAUAAACGAAACAAAAUGGCCCUUGCUCGGGCCGUUCAUCUUUCGCGCAGACGGUAAAUCGGAUUACACUUGGGCACUCGUACAACAGCAUCAAAAAUUCAAGCCCAAUACGGGGUACCUAUACGGGGUUAUGAAUUGUUCAUUAAUAAAGUAUAAUUCCAUUACAAACAACUACAACGACGACGAAAGCAACAUCAACAAUAAUACCAAAUUAUUAUCCGAAGGCAGCGUACGGGUAGCUGACAGAACUUCUAGUGCAGAAGUGUGCUUGAGGACGUUUAUAUAAUAAUAUUAUACGAUUAUUGUUUUUUAUAAGUCAUCGCUUUUAUGUGAAAUUCCGGUGACUUCGCACAUAAAAAAACAGUUGAAAAUCCUGUCGGAGUUUACCGGGAUAUCGCGGUGUUUCGUACGAAUAUAACCUUGCCAAAGGCGUGGAUAUAUAUUAUUAAUGACUUUUUUGGGAAAGGGGGGAGUCUCACUAAUGACUAUUAUAUGUUUGGGAAAGAAGUGAAUUAGGUAUUGAAAAAUUAAUUGAAUUUCCAGUAGUCACUUCGAAAUGGGAGGGGGGUGUUAACUCCCUACCUUGCUUCCAGAAUUCAACUAAAUGAUGGAUCUGUUAAAAGGAGUUGUUCGAUAUCAAAAUAUUCAGAUUGAGUUGGGUACAUUAGUUGGAACAUUAAAUUAUAUGCAAAAUUUAUCUUACUUUAUCAAAUAUAAUAUAGGCGCCUUUUCUUUGGCAUGCAUUUAAAUCGUGUUAAAUAAAAAUCAAUAAGAAUAACAUAUCAAUCAGAAAAAUCGGUAAAAUGUAUCACUGGAUCCGAUGAAAAUUUAUUUGAAAACUCUGAAUUUCAGGACAAGAUCUAAUAAUAAAAUAUGUUUAAACUGUUGAGUUUUAUACCUAAUGAACAUUACUGUUUUGAUUAACCAUCGCUGAAUUUCGGAAGAUAAUAUAGACAGGUAAUGUAUAGAUAAUUUCGUAUUUUACCGUUGCGGUCUUUGAUAUAUCUGACUAUCUAUUCAACUGAAUCAAGGCUGCAUUUCGAGUUUUCGAAACUAUUUCAAAAAUAAAAAAAAUUAUUUUUUAAAAUUCAUUUUCUUUUACGUCCCGGUUUUCCCACUAUCUGAUGGCCCCCCACGUGCUGCUAUUUACAAAUUGCAUGGUAGGAUUUAUACACCUUACAUGGGACGUGAUAUGGUCAAAGAUACCUACAUUUUUUACCAAGUCGCUUAACCUUUUCUAACGUGUUCCGCUAGAACAUCACGGUAAUUCCCACAUCUGUGGUAGCCAAAUAACGGCAAAAACGGGCGAAUAAAGUUGUUUCCUGACACAUACGACGUCAUUUAAAGUAUUGUAUUAUUAUACACAAGCACGUCCGAACGACGACGGGCUGCAAAGUUCGGCGUGACAAUUGUAUUCCGACGCAGUAGCGGAGUGUCGACCGGGCGGAGCCGCGAGUGUUACGCGCGCACAUAAAACCUCCCUCGAUCAAUAUACCGCCGCCUGCGAGCCAGCAUCACCGCCGCCACCCUUCACUGACCCGCGCCACCCUAUAGACCGCCGUCGACCAUAAUAUCGGUAAGGGCCGAAAACGUGUCCAAACCGUGGUACACGCGGUAACAAUAUAUAUAUAUAUAUGUGUGUGUAUGCGAGUAUAUACCUAUAAUAUAGGACGUUCACUGAACACCGUUAGUAAUAUAAAGAAGAAAAAUCGGAUACUCUUGUUAGUUGAAAAAAAUAAUUUUAUUUAUAUAUUUUCUACGUUCGCAGUGACAGGUAGGUAUGGUCUGAAUCGAUUUUUAUUUUCAACUGGUGUGUGCGGCGGCGAUCCGUUUGAAGUUUUUUCUUUCCUUUAAUCAAAAGCGAUCAAACAGGCGUUACACGUGUUAAAUUCAGAAUUUUCGUUAUCCACACUUCUGCAUGUUACUGAAGUGUAAUAUAAAAACGACCUAAAAAAAAAAAAAAAAAAAUCUGUUGUGGGAAAGUCUUGAUUCAGUGAAUAUUGAGAUAUACUGUAUUAUAAUAAAAAUGUUGUUUUUAUUUUUCUCUUAGAUAUCGAUUAUAAGUUUACGCGAAAAACAAAUUCGUGGUAGGAUUUCAAAAUAAAAAUAAAAUAACGAUUUUUUAUAAUCAUAACAGUAAAAUAUCUAAUAUUUCAGUUUGAAUAAUUUUUCGAAGAGAAAAAUUAUUUUUUAUAUACGUUUUGUAUUUGAAUACAGAUGAUUUUUAUUCGUUUUGGUUGUAUGUCUAUUUUACAUACUUUGCAUCAAAAAGCCAUUUAUUUCGCAUUAUUAUUAUAAUCGUAAAGCUAACGAUCUUCCACAAAAUUUUACUCUUGAAAAGAUGACGAGAUUUACCCUCUCCUCUCACAAGAAUUAUGUCGUCUACACGAUAAAAAAUGUCUUCGGAAAUUAUACGAAAUUGAAUGUUGGAAGAAAAAUCAAAUUUACAUAACAUAAUGUAUACAGUUUACAGACGAAUGGCAAUAUUAUUAUUCGCGUGCUACGUAUCAUCAAAAUGUCGGUAUUAUUCGAGGAAGUCAAUUUGUACCGUUUCAAAUUUAUUGAACAACACCGUAAAAAAAAAAAAAAAAACAACUAUACAAAUAUAAUACCACUAACUGCACAGUUAUACGAAGGAUGUUGUGUUUUUAAUAGAAAAAUUAAAAAAAAAAAAUUAUAGGUUAGAUUAUAUUAUUUAUACUUAAACUCGUAAAAACAAACUCGUCCGGCACGUACAAAUUGCAGCAUUACUAUGUUUCAAUGGCUUAUUAUAACUUUAGUUAUGACGGCAUUAGAACGUAUCCUGGUUGUAAAAUGCGCUAAAUUACUUUACUCUCCUGAAAAUAUUGAAAUUUUUUUGAAAAAAAAAAAAUCUGUCGACAGUGGUUUCUGUUUCCAACUUUCUUGACUGGGUAUAUACUCAAUUCUAAUGAUGAUAAUAAAUGGACAUUUUUGAAUAGUUUAUACUAUUGAUAUUUUGGAUGAACUAUCAAGUGUUUAAUUUUAAUCCAUCGUAUAUAAUUCAAUAGUAACUAUUCGAAACUACAUUUAGCUGAAUAAUUAGGAACUGAUAAAUUCACUGCCAGUGGUGGCUAUGACACAUACGUAUCACAAAUUUGCCAUCAUACCUAUAUAUUUAGACAUGGAUGUUCCCGGGUAGAUAAUAAUAAUAAUUACCACAUUGGUUCAGGGCUGUAUUUCUAUUAUAGAUUAUCCUUGUAUACACUGGCAAAUUAUUUGGCGUUCCUAACACUUUUAACCGUUUAUCACAUUAACCGCACCGAUGAAGAAAUAAACGAGCUAUUCAAUACUAUAUCCUACACGAUUUCCUGGUUUGUGCGUUUUUUCAUACUCCGUUACCACGGAAAUGUGUGCCACCGAUAUCAGAAUAAUAUAAUAAAAAAUGAAAAAUCCCGUUUAUAUAUAUAAGUUAUGUGUCGUAUUCUGUGUUCGACUCGGUGCACAAAAUAACGAGACAAAAAAAAAAAGAAGCAAACAAAUCAUAACUGAUUGGUUUUUUCACUGUAAAUAUAUUCACUAUAUAUAUAUAUAUAUAUAUACAGGUAGUUUUUUGGUCGAUUCAAACGUGAAACUCUUCUAAAAGUUUAAUAAGGUGGAAAAAUAUCUUUCCAGUAAACAAAAUUGUAUACUUAACACUGCACGCGUUUUUUUAAAAUAUUAUACUUAUACAAAACUAUGUAUACUCUUAAAUACAUAAAUUUCACUUCACUUCAAUGAAAUGCACAAGAUGUCUGAAAAAAUGAGACAAGAAAAAAAAAUAAGAAUAAUAAAAAAAUCGCGUAAAACAAAAAACGAAAUAUAUGAAUAAUUUUAAUCAUUUUUUGAUAAUUAUUGAUAAAAAAUUGAUUUGCAUAUUAAAUACAAUAUAUUAUAUUAUUAAAAAUUAAUAGGUUUUUAAUUUGUAUGAGCGUUUUUAAACACGAAAACAUUGUGUCAAAAAAUCAUUUUAUAUUCAAAGAGAAUAGGAUUUAUUAUAAAACAGUGUAUGAUAAAAAUUAAUAAAUACCAAUUUAUCUAGGGAAUGACAUAUUCGUUUAAUUAAAAAAAAAAAUGUAGAAAAAAGGUUAUGAUUAUUUUUAUUAUUGUAAAAAAAAUGUCACUUUUAGAUUCUUAGUAGAACGAGGAAUGUUUUUUUUUGUUUUUUUUUUUUUAUCUGUAAAUAACUUUUCUAUCGAAAAUCCUAUUUCAAUUUACAAGUAUAGCACUUUUUCUGAGAGUAAACUUGACUGGGAUGGUACUCUAAAGGAGUAACUUUUUUAUUUUAUUUAGAAUUUUCCCAAUUGAUGGGAAAAACCAGAAGAAAAACGGAAAAAUAGGUACAAUAUUAAACAAAUAUUAAAGAAAAUGUUUAAUGAAUAUGCAGUUAUUUUACCAUUAUAGGACAUAUAGAUUGUUGACAAAGCAACACUAUCAACUGCACUCCAAUCAGAAUCGUUUUUUCGUUAGCAAUGGUUAAUUAUUGUAAAUUAUAUAUAACAGUGGCUGCACGCAUUCUUAUUGUCCUAAAACAGUUUUUUAAUAUUGAAUUUCAUGUUUACCGCUAGUAAAUUGAAAAUCAAUACGUCAUGUGCACCUUAGAUAUUGUUGUUGUCUUUAAUUUUGACGUAGAACGAUUCGAAGUUCUAAAAAUUACUUUCGAAAGUUAUACCUAUACAUUUUAUGUUUUAUGCAAACUAUUUUUUUUAAAUUUACGAGCGAUGAAUAGUUUCGUUGAAAUCGCCUAUCCAUCCGUUGAAGGUUUGAAUAUAUCGAUAGUGUGAUGACACCCCCCUAAUACCUACGUUUAUUUGUCGCCUAUUUCAAUUUAUAUAGACACGUAUGUUGCACAUAAAUCUACCGGCUCUUGAUGUAGACAUAAUACUAUUCGUGAAAAAUUUCAGUGAAACGACGAGAUUUUAGUUUUUGCAGCUGUUUCGUUAUAACAGGUGGGAGACGAACGCGGCUUGCCGUUACGCUCCCGAACUUAAAGACCCGUUUAUAUAAUACUAUUUUAUUUAUUAUAUUUAAUAACCGCCAUCGUAAUAUUGAUUUAUGAUAUUUGUUUAACGUUGCAAUAUUGCAAUGUCGUUACUUAUUACCGAAUAUGUUAUUAUACUAUUGCCGAUAUAAUAAUAACGUAAAUAUAACUAUUAUAGCCGUUUUAUUAUUUCAUAAAUAAAAUUUUACGAUUUUAUUCGAACCCUUGUGACACAUUGUUGAACUUUUAAAAUGUAUUAAUUUUGAUCGCAUAAAAUAUAUAAAUAUAUAAUAUAAUAUAUUAAUUGUUUCGUUAGCUCUGCAGAUUGUUUACUCGUUCGCGAAACAUUAUGUUAUUAGAAUAUAUUGCAAAUAGGUGAAAAUACAAUUAUAACAGAUACAAAUAGACUUAGGUUUCGGAUUGUGAUAGUGGUGGUGGGGACUAUUCUGAGAAUUAAUUAAAUCGGUCGUUUUUUUUUGAAAAAAAUAGCACACAUUUUAAUGUUUCUUCACCGCAUUCAGGCUAGAUCUUAAAUAAAAUAUUCCUCAUUGAAUUAUCGUGCGUGAGUAUAAAAGUUUCGAAUUUUUCGUCGGCCAAAGAAUUCAUAUGCAGACAAUUUCGCUAUAUGCGUGAAUAUGGUUUUCAUGUAUAUUUUUUUGCCAGACAAUAAAUUCCGCAUGACUCGGCCAUUAUUUUCGACGUUUCUAGGCAGUUUGAGAUUGUUUUUUCCCGUGUUUUUUUGUACGCAUUUUCUUCGACUAAAAUAAAUUAAUCUUAGUGUACUGAAGCAUAGUAGAGUAGAACGGACUUUUUAUGUACAGUUUGAGACAAUGUAUUUUGUUUGGGGUUUUUUUUUCGUUUUCCUUUGGGGUCGCGAUAUAAACGUCCGAGCAAAGCGCUAAACAAUAAUGGGUCAAAAACACUACAGACGGAGACGGUUUUCAAUUGUUGCCGGAACGCCUGUCAUUUUAAUAUAAAUUUGAAUUACUUAUUAUAUAUUAUGUAGGUACUCACGUGAAAAUAUUUACAGCAACAUAAUCGCAUCGUGUUAAGAUAUACAAUUACGUUAUAAUAGUAACUAUUCUCAGUUUUCCUAAUAUUUUAGAAUCUGAAAUUUUAUAUUCCAGUAUGGAAUGAUAUAAAGCUAGAUACUUAAAUAUAUUAAUUAUAAAAAUAUUCUGUAUUUUCAUUUUCGUGGUACGUAAUAUUUGAAAAACUUGAAAAUUUUCCCAUGUACGUGUGCUGUUCUGUGCUCACAAUAAGAUGCUUGAAUUUUAUUUUCGUUGAUAUUCGAUUUCCUUGGUUACAAAUUUACUAGUUACAACUGUAAGAUACCAGAAUAUUGUAUAAUUAUGUUUUCUCAAAAUGAUAUACUAAAAAUAAUUUGCUCAGAAUCGUUUUUCCUUUACUAUGAUGUAUCGGUUGUUUUAUAAACAAAACUAUUACGUGGUCAUAAAUAAUAUAUUAUUUAUUGAUUGUUUUAAUUCCAUCGUGCGCGACUAUAGAAAAUAAUUACACGAAAUCAAUUACAUCUGUUUUAAAGUUUAUAUUGAUUACUAAAGGAAUUAUAUAAGUUAUAAUUCAUUUCUUGUAUAAAUCAGCCGAAUACCAGUGAUAAUAAAUAUACCUACCCACCGAACGCGAUUCCCGUGAAAAAGUAAAAUCAAAAAUAUACCAAAAAACUAGAUAAGUAUACUUUUUAAGUAUUAAACCAUAGACCCAAAAAAGGGCUUCUAACCUUCUUUACCAUCACGUGAUUAUGCACCGUAGUUGAUACUGUCGACGAUACUAUUAUUUUUACUAUAAUAGAUAGAUAGAUACACUGCCGUUUUUAUAAUAUGUAAUAUAUAUAUUUUUUUAGACAAGACAUUGUAACAAUACGCGUUUGAUGAUCUCGUAUUUGUAAAAAAAAAAAAAAACGGACAUAUUUCGCACGAUUGAUGGGCCACUAUCGUAUGUGAGAAGUUGGAAAGAUAGAGGAGAAAUUUAAUGUAUAUCUGUACACAACAAUUAAUCAUUACUAAAGAAAAACGAUUCUGAGUGGAAUUCGGUUAUGCAUUUUUUUAAAGGCCGUAAUAUUUACGAUUUUAAAAUAAUACGUUUCAUAAAUUUUCCUGGUUUUUACCAUUUAUUAUGAAAACUCCCAGAAAAAUCAAUAAUAUAACUUUUUUAACAUAUAUCUCCAGUUCAAUUUCCUUUCAGAAAAAAUGCUACCUACACUUGAAAAUCGGAGCAAAAUUUCUAAUAGAAAAGUUGUUUACAGAAAAAAAAAAUAAAAAAAAUAAACAUCAGUGUAAAACCAAUACAUUCCUCGCUCCUCUCAGAAUCUAAAAUUGUCCGCAGUGUUGGGUUUUAUAUUGCCAUCACACUGAUAAAUAAUUUUCCACUUCAGCUGACGUUAUAAUAAUACUUCACAAUUUAAAUGUUACAAAGAACAAUACAAAAGCUCUACGCUCGCUACACGGUCUGUAGGAACACUAUUUUUCAUCAUUUGUUUUUCACUUAAUGUAUUUUCUAAUAUGUUCGACGAUUACUUUGGAAACCCUCUUUUGGCUUUUUUCCCAAUUCAUCUGACAUUUUGAUUCAUUUUAUAUAAACGCUCGACCUUUGUUGUUGUAUUGGGACUUGACAGUAUUUAUUCGGUACCUACAUAUUUAAAUUUGAAAAUAUGUAUAAGUAUGUGCAUUAUAUAGAUAAUAUCACAUAUAGUUUUUAUUCUCUGGAGUAGCACUAUAGAUGUAUUCCAAGAAUAGCACGUGUUCGUUAUAAUAGAUCUCGUAAUGUUUGAUCAUCGUUGACAAUUGGUGGGACUAUUAUUUUUUACUUCAUCGAUAAUUGAACGAAAUGACGGGAAAAGAACCGUGAUUCAUUUCUCGUUAAGGCAAAAAUAUAACAAUAUCAAGUGUCUACGAACGCCAUCCCGUCGCGCAACGGAUUGAAAAACAUCAUAUAAUAAUUACGUUUAAAACAUAGUGUUACGUGUUAUUUUUACGAUUACGAUUUAUUCGAAUCAGGUAAGGGCUACAAUAAUGUAUUAUUUUUUUUAGAAACCUUUAUCAACUUUUUUACGGUUUGAUCAGGUCAAUAUCACAGAUAUUCGUCUCACUACCAGAACUACAAUAAUUUUUUUUCGGCGUAUAAGUCAUAUAUUAUAUAGAUAGUAACAAUAUUUAUACGAUAUCGAUUUUCGUAUGCUAUUAUUGUAUUUUGGAAUGUUGUAUAACAUAUGUACAUUUUUUUUAUAUUUGAUUUUGGUCAUCUACUUUUCGGUGCCCUUAAAAUAUGUAUGUAAUUAUAUAUUGCACACAGACCCUAUGCCACAAAAAAAAAAUACAUAUAUAUAUUUGCAUAUUAAAUUAAUUCCCUAAAAAUUCCCUACAUUUUAUAAAUAGUACAUAUACUUAUUAAUUAAUUUUUAUUUGUUUGGGUAAUAUCUAAUAUCCUACUGAAUUGUUGACAAUUUAGAACAUUUUAAGUAAUCGAAAAUAUGUGCGCUGCACACAAGGUGUGCGGCGCACAUAUUUUUAUUAUUAGUAUUAUUAAUAUUAUUUUACAUUAUUUGAUUAAUCGCGGGCUAACAAAAGAUUCAGUUUAAUCGAAUAAAAUAUGUACAUAUACGGGAUUUUCGAAAACUUAUAAUGUACCUAUAUAAUAACUGUAUAUUAUUCAGGCACAGUAUUCAAGUUUAGCUCCGUUGUUGAAUUUAUAUCACCGCCACUGUGUUUAAAAACAAUUCAGGUACCUAUUUACUCAUAUAUUAUAUAUCAUUCGUUAUCAACGGUAUACGUGUUAUAAAUAAUAAAUAACCGAAUAAUCCCGUUGAUAUUGUUUUGAAUAAAAUAAAAUAUGAUGUUAUUGACACCUACCUACCCCGAGCCAAGAAGUUUGCGAAUCUUCUUCUCGAACAAUUUAAAAUCUAUUUUUAUUUCUAUGUUGAAACGACUUUGUCAUACAUUUUAAAUCGAUUUUAGUUGAUACAUUUUCAUCAUUAAAAUUCGGUAGCCUUGACUUUAACAUAAAUUAAAAAGUACAUUUUAUUUAAGUUGAUUAAAAUAUUAAUAGUUUUUUUCGCACAAAUUCAACUUUUUGCAUUUUAUUUCUAGUUAAGUAUUACCUAUAACUGUUCGACAACGAACGAUCGAGUCUGUUUUUUGUAACAAAUAAUUAUAAUAUUAAUAAUUUAUAAUAAAUAACAAUAUUUAUUUUCAUUAAUUUGCAACCCACUUUUGAAUAUUAAUACCAACGAUAAAAGUUUAACUCUUUUCGAUAUAUAUGGUUAUUAUUAGUUUUUACCGGUGAAAAAUCAUUCUAAAAAAACAUUCGAACUGCGUAAAAGAUAAUGAUUAUGAUUAGGUACACCUCUGUCAUGAAAAAAAGUACACAGCUUUUAAUGAUAUUAAAUAUUUUCGGUGCUGUGCUGUUUUUGUUAUAGAACUCAAGUAGGUCUUAAAAAGAUCUUAUCAUUAUUCCAAUAUAAAUGCAGGUACCUUUGAAGUUCCACAAGGGUCGCAUUAGGACCACUUCUUUUCUUAAAAUAUACAAAUGAUCUUCUAAUCUUAAAUACUUUAAUAAACAUUUUAAUAUUUGCUGAAGAUAUUAAAAUUUAUUUUAAAAUUAAAUAUUCCGAAGACCUCAAUUUAUUGCAAUCUAAUUUGAAUAAUCUGGCAUUAUUGAGUAAAAUAAACUGUUUUAUGAUGAAUGUAAAAUUAUAUAUUUUUCACGUAGUAAAAAUUCUAUUUGUAAAUAAUUAUCUAAUUGAUAACUAUCCUCUUGAAAGAUGUUAUUCAAUGACUGAUUUAGGUAUUUGUUUUGAAUUUGAUUUGUCCUUAAAAUUAAAUCGUAAAAUUAUUAUAAAUAAAUCGUUUAAGAUGUUGAACUUUAUUAACAGAAAUAUAAAAGACUUUAAAACUUCUUUUUGUUUAAAAAUAUUAUAUAGUUCUUUAUAGUUAGAUCAAAUCUAAAAUUAUUUGAAUCAUUGAUUUAGUCUAAUAAUUAUUUUACUAAUUUUUGAAAAGAAAUGCGUAUAGUAUCACUCAUUGCUCUGUCUCUAGAGAAUAUUUCCAUUUGGUUCAGAAUUCUAUGGAUCUUUAUUCUCUUUCCAUUACGCGUGAUUUAAUCGAUAUAAUGUUUAUUUUGGUAUUUUAAAUGACUUUAUUAAUUUAGAUAAAUGGCCAGACCUUUUAAAUUUAAUUAGAUUCAGAAUUCAUUGAAAGAUUAUUACACGCAAUUUUGAUUUGUCUUAUAUAACUGUGCCAAAAAUUUUUUUUUUCACGGCUCUUUUAAAUGGUAGUAAAAUCUUCGCUGUUUUAGUUGGUUUUGUUCUAUCACGUCAUAUUUUUAAAAGCUAAAACGCUGUUUUUAAAAAAUGAAGCUUAAUUAUUUCAAAUUUAUAAUAUAUAUAUGUUGUAUAUAAUUUUUUUUUCUAUUAUUUCUAUAUUCAUUAUUUUUAUACAUAUACAUAUAUAUUUUAUAUUUAAUAAUAAUAAAUUUAUUUAUUUAUUAAUUAAAAAUAAAUUUUUAUAUUAUAUUUUUAUAUAUACAUUUUUUUUCUCCCAGUAUUAAUUAUUAUUUCAUACAUUUUCAUAUGUCAAUUAUCUGUAUAAAUUCCGAAUAUUUUGUCAACGAGCUUUUACUCGUUGAUUAUAAUAAAUAAAUAAAUAAAACGUUACCGAAGUCUACAUAUUUCUGUAGAAAAGACAGCUUUACCUACUUACCAAAUAAUAAUGCACAUAGAAAAUAAACUACCAUUUUAAACAUUGUCCUUCUUAUAUUUUCGAUAAAAUUAUAGUAUUAAUUAUGAUUCAUUUUAAUUUAUGUAUUCGGUAUCAUAGAGAUUCGUCAGCAAAGAUUAGUUAGCCGAUUUCGUGGUUGUAUGUAUAUAACAUAAAUGGUAUAUCUACCUAUAUUACGCUUUAUGGUAAAAAUGAAAAACGAUUGAUACGCAUAAUAUGUAUUAUUGAAGUAAUCUGCUUAUAAUUUAACUACGCAUUUCAAAAAAAUAUUACAGUAACAAAUUAUUCAAUUUUCAGGAUGCUUAUUUAACGGUUAUGUGUGUGCUGAAUACGAGUGGUGCUUCAAUGGUAAGACAUUAGGCAUGAUUUUAAAAUAAUAUUUACCAUAUCGGUGUUAGCGAUAUCAUAGUAAUUAAUACUAAUCGUAUUAUUAUAGAUCAUGCAUUUGGUCAAUGUGUUUCCAAAAAUGAGAACGGACAUCGGGAAUAUGUGUAAGAAUAAUGACCCUGUCUGUAAUGACUUAACACACAACUAUCCACAAUCAAUUGUAUUUUCCAACGUGGAUAUAGAUCUGUUUUAAUUUGAUUGAAACGGGCUUUUACAGAUUUAAACUGGUAUGGGAUAAUCUCUUACUUCUACAACAAGAUAUGAAAAGUCUCUAUCACAACGGUUAUGGUUGGCCGCAUCCGUUUACACAGUGCAUAAUUAAACAACGAUUGGAAGUGAUACAGUACGGUGAAUCGGAUGACAUUUUAAAAUGUAAACAAUAUUCAAAAAUACCCAUCAAUAGACCAGUUAGUAUAUUAAUUUUAUACACGCGACAAUACAUUUUUACAUUAUAUUGUAAUUUCAACAAUUGUGUACGUAGAAUGACAAUUAUGCGAUGGGUUACCCUAAUCAACCGAUGGACGUGUACGUGGAUCCCGGAGACAUCAGAAGAAACCGUGACUACUAUGCGGAUAUUAUAGGUAUUUAAUAUUAAAAAUUAUCGGAAAACUAUGUUAAUGCAAGUGAUGGUAUUUGAUUUAGACGAUUAUCCAAGAACUGAUAUUCGCAGAAAUAAACUGCAAGGGACGCCUUUAUAUAUGCCGUGGAUGCAAGGCAUGCCAUUGUCCACAUGGUAAUAUUCAGCGAACACUUUUUAAUAAAUUAUUGACAUUUUUUCAGGAGUUAAACCACAGUAUGCUGAGCAAGUUAGUCCAGAAACUUACGGUCAACCGAGAUUCCGUCCAGAUUACAAUACUCCGGAAAGAUUUAGAGCUGGCGAUGAGGUUAAAGAUAAGAUAGACGAAGAGUGGAAAGAACUGCAACGGAUGGAUGAGGCGCCCAAAGGUACACAGGAAAAUCCGAAUAAAGCUUACACGGAAGGUGGUUUAGUGUUCUUGCACAGCAAGGGUAAGUGUAUUUAUACCAUAACCGCGGUUCAUAGCAUAAAUAAACAACUCUAACAAUGUAUAAUUUAGGAUGGGUAUUUAUAGGAGCUUCAGGCAAUGAAGAAGACGAUGAGAUGAUGAUGGCUAAUUUCAUGAAGUCUUAUGAUCCGAAAUUUGGAUGGAUAGGAUUCAAAAGACCCGAGCGGUUGGACGUCAAAAAACCGGGACCAGGAUUUAACACAAUUAAUAAUUAUGUGUUCAGGGUGAGUUUAUCACGAAAUUUUAUAUACGAACUACUGGACUAUAAUAGUUCGUAUUUUGUGUAAUGGUAUAAAACAUUUCAGACAGACGCAAUGAACGAACGAGAAAAACAAAAACAAGAUAUCCAGAAAACAGUCGGUAUGUCAUCGAUUGUGUUCUAUAAAUCUAGUGAAAAAUAUUUUUUUAAAAAAUUUGUUUGCAGAUGCUGCCACAUUGUUAGGAACAAGCCGGAAAAUGAAACCAGAGAGUACGGAGCAGGGCAACAGCAAGGGAAAACUAACUCAAGACGAUUUCAAAACGCAAUUGUAUAUGCCUGAAAUUUUACCAGAAGAAUAUAAAGAUCCCAACCAAAAAUAUGGGGCAUUGUUUGACUAUAAUGACAAUAAUGGACUUUCUAAAACGGCUGACUCUACUUACGUACACAUCCGCCUAAAAUAUAAGUUGGUUAUAUUUUUAUGAAAUUAUAUUUAGAUUAUUUAAGGAGCUAACGAUACAUGUAUUAUUUAUUGUUGUUAUAAAAUUUAAAAUUAGUAUUCGAAAUUAUAUACCACGAAAACUUAGAAAUAUGCACAAUAAAUGAUCUACAAUGACGUAUUUGAGACUUCACUCCAAGAGAUGGAUGAUAUUAAAGGAGGUCAACCCCACCCCUCCCUCUGAAUAAAAGUUAUAUACAUUUGAUAGUGUUAAGUCAAUUUUUUAUUUACAGAAGAAGAUCUAUAUUUUUUUUUUAAUAUUUGCAAAUCUAUCAAUAACACCAUCAACAUCUAAUGCAAUUGAUUUAUGCAUAUUAAGCAAUGUUAAACCCGUUAAAAUAAUACAAUACUUUCUUUAUUAAUUGUAUAAAUUAUAGACAUUAGCUUUUAUUUUAUAGAACUUAACGCGCUCUUUAUUUUACUUUGCAAAUAUGUUACUAUGGUAUUUUAAAAAUAACUAUGGUAUUUUAAAAAUAAGUUUUAUGAUUUCUCAUACUCGUUAUUUUUUUAUUUUUUAAGGCUUAAGAUAAGACGCAAAGGAUCUGAUCUGCUUAAAAUUCUGAUGAAUAUUAUCGGCUACCAUUAUAAUAAUAUUUUUAAUGACCAGUAAGUUUAACAAUGAUCACACUAACAUUGGGUGGUUACAGUAACAUUUCCUAUCUCUGUCUAUAUAAUGUGCAAUACAUCAAAAUUGUGUUUUUGUCCUUAUAAUAGUACUAAAGAUCUAAUAGACCUAAAAUAAAAAUUAUUUUACCAAAUUAAAGACAGCAAUAUUUUAACGACGCUUUCACGGUUUUUUGAUAUCUUAUUUCUCAGAUAAUCUAUUCGUACCUACUUCAAACGUAAAAAAAAUAAAUAUUUUUUAGCUUGAUAAAAAAUAUUAAAAAAUUCUCCAGUGAAAACAUAGUACAAGUUUUCGUCUAUAAUUUUGUGGAAAAAUGUUUCUUUUAGGUCUAUUAGAUCUCGAGUACUAUUGAAAAUACGAAAAAAACCAUUUUGUUAUAUUCGCAUUAGUUAGACAAAGUCGACAAAUUUUACAAAACGUAUUAUCCACAUAAUGUCUUUGUCUUAUAAAUGUAAAAUAGACAAUUUAUAUUUAGCCGGGACAAAUUUGAGCUGUUAAUUUUAAUAUUAUUUAGAAUUAACCCGUAUCAAACUUAAAGAUCAGAAUACUAUAUGUGUAACGUUGGCACUAUUUUUUCGAUCUUUAAAUUUAGUGAGAUACAAGAACUAUUAAUAUAAUAUUGAUAUUGAAUAUUAUAUUCAUGCUCUUUUAAAAAUUAAAAUAUCAAAAAAAUAGUGCUAUAACAGAUAACGUUCCUAAUUAUUUUAGUUUGAUGAAAAGUGAAUCUAUUAUAAUAUUAAAAUUAACAGGAAAAUAUUGUUGUCCUUGCUGAACGUAAAUUUCCUACGUUGUACGUUUGUAAGAUGGAAAUAACAUUAUAUGUGGGUAUGACGCCUUCUUAAUCCUAAUUCGUUUUAUUUAAAAUGUCCACUGUUAUUUUUUUAGUUACGGUGAUGACGAAAUAACGUUCCAAAUAGUUCCGAACACCGGAAUCAACACUACGGGCAUUGCGCUUUUGAUAGAAAGAAUGAAAAAUAAAUUUUUUGCGGAUACAGGUUAUGAAAUAACGUUUAUAGCCGCCGGGGAAGAUAAGGUAAAUUCCCGGGUAAAUUAUAUUACGGGGUAGUUUAAUAAUAUUAUUAAUCCGGUACAUGUACAUUCAUUAAAUCGAUGUCAAUUUGGAUAUUUUCAAACAGAGAGGCCAAUCGAUCGAAAAUCAAACCAUAAAACCGAUUGACACACAGACCAUUAAGGACAUAACAGCAUCAGCGUCAGUGAUGAAGAUUCCUAAUUACGAAAAACCUGUGAACUACGAAUGGAUUUUUGUUAGCAUCGCUGUCGUGUGUGCGAUUAUUGUGUCUAUUUCAGCAUUCAUAAUGAUGAAAAAGCACGGAAAGUAUAAAGCCAAGUUUGAAGGAUUAAUCGGUGGUAACACGGAAGUCAGUAAAGAUUAUCAGGUAAAUUUGAUCGAGAUGUACUAUAUUAUAAUACUAAGGUCAUUUUUAUACUUCAAAUAAGAUUAAAUAAAUUGUAAAUGAUCUUAAUGAAUUUAAAGGCUCACUAUCAUAUGCAAUGUAUAAUACUAGUGUCAGAUAAAAUAUUUAUCUAAUAAUAGGUAAUAGUAACAAACAAAUACAUAUUUUAUUGGUACCAAGUUUUUUUAUUACCUAAUGUCUUUGUAUUAGAUAUAAUCUUAGGAUUUUUUUUGAAAUCAAAAUAUAUAAAAAGGUCAACAUAAUGUAUUUAAAUUUAAACUUGAUUUGAGCUGGCAUGACUAAUUUAGAAGAUCAAACCAAAUACUGAUAUCUAACAGUAUCAUUAGAGUUAAUUCAACUCCAAAAUGUCUAUAUUGUAUUGUAUGUAUUCUUUAAAGACAUAUUUUUGGUUAGUAAAAAUGCUUCAAAAUUAUCAUGCGUUACUUUAAAAUGUGUGUUUUUCGUCUAAUAGAAGUAUUCUUUUAAACAAUUAAACAUUUUUGGAAAUCCUAAUUAUUUUUUCUUUAAAAUGGCUUUUUUUUUUUUUUUAAUUUAAAUAUGAAUUUAUAAAAUACAAGUUCUAAAAUAAAUUUAAGUACUUUAAGAAUUUUAAAAAUGUCCUGUCAACUAUUAUAAUAUAAGUAUUCAAAAUUAAGAUUAUUUAUUUAUCUAGAUUUGUAUCCAUAAAUAUAAUAUACUAGCUAAAAAAUUCUUUCAAAAUUGUAUAUGUAUAGAAUCAUAGUUUAUUGUUUAAAAUACUUUUAGAAAUUGGGGACUUUGCACGCUUUCAGAGUGUGGUUUCCGAACUUGUUUAUCAGAUAUUUUACUAGGUAAUAGAUAGACACGGAUCGAAUGAGUCAUUAAUAUUCUGUGAAUUUAUUAAAAAAAAAAAUAAUAAAAACAAUAAUUAGUUCAAUACUGAAUAGUGAACCUGUUUGAUUAUAUUACAUUAUAUUUAAUUAUUUAUUAUAUUAUUAUUGACAGAUACUAGGUAACUAUAUUAAAUUGAUAUUUUAAGAAAUGUUUAGGUUAGGUUAAGCUUCGUUUAAUAAUAAUUGCUGUGCUUGAACUGAUUUGUGAUUUGCACAGUUUGUAUAUAAUAGGUAUACGGACAUUUGUAGCAGGAAAAGGCAAAGCAAAUGUGUUAUAAACGUGUAAAACAAACAAAAUACGGAAAACAACAGAUGAAUUCUAUUGAAUUAUAAAUUAUAUAGUAACACUCAUUAGUAGAUAAUAACAUUUUGUAAUAAAACUCAUAAUAAUUCUACCGAUAAGUUCUGUAGUAUAAUUUAUUGUGAUAUAUUUCCUAAUCAUAUCAAAUACCUGAAAAAAAUGUCCAAUAGUUGUACAAUAUAUUGAUUAUAAUAAAAAUCAAAGAGGCAUUUUAUAUCAAUAUGAUAAAUAAAUUAAUGGUAAUUUUUUUUUUAUAACUAGUAAAAUAAUUUUGUUUUUUAUUGUACCUAUGCAAUUUUGUGUUUAUAACGAGUAUUCAGUGGUGUCACCGAUCAUACACAUACUGCAUACCUACCUGUUAUUAUUAAAUGUAUGGCUACCUGUUAUUGUACAUAACACGCAUUUUUUUUUCACUAAGGAUUUAUGUCGGGCUAGAAUGUCGAACAAAAAGGACGAAUCAAACGCCACGUCGCAGAGAAUAGCGAGCUUGUCAAAAGAUCCGGACAACAGUCCUUCGUCGAGAUCGAGCACAUCAUCUUGGUAUUUGUUUUGUUUAAGAGUACUAUAUACAAUAUAUUAUUAACUAUAUAUAUACCGGAAAAUUUUCGAUUUUAAGGGGAGAAGAACCGGUUUUAUCAAACAUGGACAUAUCUACCGGACACAUGGUUUUGGUAACAACGCGACAAUACAUUUAAUAUUAUUAUUAUUUAUUCAAAUCUGGUAUGUCGUCAAACUUACUAUAUUUUAUACCUAUUGCAUUUUAGGCGUAUAUGGAAGACCAUCUGAAUAACAAGAACCGUUUGGAUAGCGAGUGGGCUGCGCUUUGCGCGUACGAAGCCGAACCGUGUGCAGUUAUUGUGGCCAGAAAAGUAAGGGCAAAAAUCAUGAGUUGGGGCUUCGGCCAAAAUUAAAAUUUUGAAAUUGUGUACCAUUUGAUUCAACCACUUUGUGUAACGUACAAACAUUAUACAUGGUAUCGAUUGGGGUGGUAGGAGUGUGAAGUUAUACAUUUGCUGCACUAAAUGCUACAAUUAUUUAGACUUGUCUUAAAUGGUCAUUUUUAAUGAUUUAUACAUUUUUUUUAAACGGGCAGAAUGUAACAAUUUUUCAAGGAGUAAGAAAUUGUUUUUAAUUAAUUUCCUGCAGUGCUGGGUUUCUGUAGGACGUGUACCUACUUUUAAGUCCAUUCUAUAAUUAGUAUAACAUUGUAAUUGAACAUAUUGUUUGAUUGGUUUGAGCCGAAAAAUUAUUUAUUUGUAUGAGUAUAUUUGAUCGAAAAUUGUUUUUUUUUCAUGUAGCCGGAUAAUGCCAAGAAGAACCGUUAUAUCAACGCUCUUCCGUACGACCAUGCUCGCGUCGUGAUAAGCGAAUACGCCAACCUGAACAACUGUGACUACAUCAACGCAUCCACAAUAGUACGAAUUUAUAAAACAAAUUACCAUAUUGUAGCAGGGGUGGCAUUUUUUUACCCCACCACAUUAUACAUCCAGAGUUGGGCAAAUUAAAGUUACGUACCUCUUAUAUUAUUUUUACCAAUUACACAGCAUGAUGAUAACAAUUUUAUCCUAAAUAUAGACACACAUGUUUUAAGUAAUUUGUAUAACUGUACUGGUUACAAAUAUUUAGAUACUUACUUUAUUCUUAUACUUUACUUUUGUCUAACUUGCCCAACUCUGUGUAAACCAAUGUGUUAUAAUUUACGUAGUUCCAGAGUUCGAAACAAAAUAAGCGGAUACAAAUAUAUCGCAUUAUUGCAUUUAUAGGUACUCGACGGCAACAAUUUAUAUCAUCAGUUUGUAUCACAUGAAUGAGAGUAAAUAUGUUUGAUAGAAAAAAAAAAACGUUAUGUGCUAAUCGAAUAAAUCAAGCAUUGCUUUACUACUCAUGUGUUGUGUUCGCCGUGAAAUUUUAUUUUCAUUGCGUUUUACAGACCGACCACGACCCGCGGAACCCGGCGUACAUCGCCACACAGGGACCGUUGCCCGAUACGUCGGCAGACUUUUGGCAGAUGGUGUGGGAACAGGGCUGCGUGGUAAUCGUGAUGUUGACCAGAUUGGUGGAGAACGACGUAGCUCUGUGCCAUCGUUACUGGCCCGAAGAGGGAUCUGAACUUUAUCACAUUUACGAGGUGUGUAUAUAGACAGGACCGCCACUCAAUAAAUCAUUAUACCGACUGACCGACUUUCUACUUGCAGGUGCAUUUGGUGAGUGAGCAUAUAUGGUGCGACGAUUAUUUGGUGAGAAGCUUCUAUCUGAAAAAUUUAAAGACAGGAGAGACCAGAACCGUCACUCAGUUCCACUUUUUGACAUGGCCGGACGGAGGAGUACCUCACACUACUAAAGCUCUCUUGGAAUUCCGCAGGUAAUAUAAAACAGGGAUGUGAACAGAACUGCUCUCUUUAAAAAAGCCUAUUAUAGUAUACAUGGAAAGAGCUUACAUAAUCUAAUGACUGAAUUUUGAGUACCAAAUAAACUAAUAGGACUGAUCAGGAUGUGUAUGAAAGAACUACAGUAUCAAAUCAAGACAGAUAAGACUACCUUCGAAAUUUUUACAGUAGAAACAGUAGAUACAGUCUUCGAAAAAUCAACAAAUAAAGUAGAAUUAAAAAUAAACAUAGAAAAGACAAAGGUCAUGGAACUAUUAGAUAACAGACAUAACAGACCCUGAUGAUUGGACCUACGAAAAAGUUAACGAGUUCCAAUACCUUGGUAUAUGCUUAAAUACGAAGAAUGACUCUUCACGAGAUUCGAGUGAGGAUAGAAAAAGCAGAGAGCAUCCUUUGGAUAGUCAAAAUUCUUCAAAUCAAAAAUAUUGCAAAAAAAAUCAAAAGUUAGACUCUACACGACGAUAGUAGGGCUACAUAGACGUAUUGAUGUGAAGUAUGGAUGACAACGAGCGUAUUAAAACGGAAACUCACCAUUUUCGAAAACAGAAUAGAGCGGAUAAUAAGCGGACCCAAAUUAGAUAAAAAAUACUAUUAUGUGGAGGAGAAAGUUUAACAAAGAAUUAAUAGAGGAAACAGAAAUAGCUCUAAUUAAAUGUUAUCUAAGAGGUCAGAGAAUCCAGUGGUUUGGGGGCACAUUAUGCAUGUAAAUGACGAUAACAUAAUUAAAAAUGUUAUGUCCUAGAAACCGACAGCAAAGAGGUCACGAGAACGUCCAAGAACGUUCCACGUCCAUCCAGGUGGAUGGACGUGGUCGAGAAAGAUUUACAAAGGAUAGGAGUGAAUUAGUGAAGAAUCAUGAUCGGGUGAAGUGGCGUGAAGUUGUGAUGGCAGCAAAAAAUCUUGUAGAGUAGAUUGGGCCUGAAAAAAAAAAACAAUAAAGAGGCACCUAAAAACACCUGUCCCAAGAAUUUAAACACAAUAUUUAAAACUCAAUAAUAUUUUUCUUUUUUUACAGAAAAGUUAAUAAGUCGUUCCGUGGUAGAUCUUGUCCGAUUGUCGUCCAUUGCAGGUGAAUUUAGUGCCAAGACAAUAUUAUAUUUUAAUAUUUAACCAGUAACCACAUAUAAUAUUACUAAUCUACAAAAAAAAUAUUUUUUGGAUUGUAGCGACGGUGUCAGUCGUACUGGUUCAUACUGUUUAUUGGAUAUGGUUCUCAACCGCAUGGCAAAAGGGGCUAAGGAAAUCGAUAUAGCGGCGACUCUAGAGCAUAUUAGGGACCAGCGUUCGGGCGCGGUGGCUACUAAGGCACAGUUCCAGAUGGUGUUGGCUGCCGUGGCCGAAGAAGUGCAGGCCAUUCUGAAAGCUUUGCCUCAGCAACAGACGCCUCAGCCGCUGCCCCCACCACCCCCGCCGGCCCAACACUGAACGCGAUCAUAGACUAUUCCUAUCAGUACUCACAAGCACACAAACUCCUGACACAAAACGCACACUAGCGUGAUUUUUUAAACUCUACUACUACUAUAUUAUAAUAUUAUAAUCUAUCUAAUCGCUAGUGUUUAUCCUAUUUUACGAUAAGUAGACUAUAAAAAAAAAAAAAAUUAAAUAAACGUCUUCUCGAUCUCAUCUACUAUCUCUGCUAUAUUAUAUUUUUAGAUAGGUACAUUAAGUAGGUGACACUGUGUUAAAAUAAUGUUUCAUAAUGAUUUUAAUAAAAAUAAUAUUUCAGACAACUAAAACGAGAACAUUAAAAAUCAAAAUGUAGUUUUGAAAAAUAUUGAUGUAAAGUAUAAGAAUGAAGAUAUUUUAAAAGGAUUUACUUUAGAGAUUUUUAUUUAGAAAAAAACCGUUCAAGUUUUACAACAUACAAUCUUCAAAACGUUAUUAUAAACACCCAAUAAUUUAAACGCCACAAAUUGAAAUAAAGCAGCUUUGUAUUUUUGACUAGUAUCCACUUCUUGUGAUUAGUAGCACAAAUUAAAAAUAUAAUAAGUAACAUAAAGUAAAUAAUUGCAUGGCUAAAAAUUUGAAUAUAUUAUACUGAUACACCUUUUUGGAGGUUAAAUGAACAAUUAUAGUCAACUCUUACAUUUUAUAGAGACAAAGAGAUAAACUAGUAAAUUACUUGAAUGCAGUAUUAUCACAAAAUUGAUAGUUUUUGAAUUGUGUAACGGUCACAAUAAGGUGUAAUAGUGCGCAUAUUAUAAUAUUAUCCGUAAAAUUAUACAAAAUAACCAUUUAUUUGAUACCAAUAUUAUACGUGUCAAUAUACACUUUUCCGGUCAAUUGUUACCAAUAAAAAAUAACCAUAAACAGGUCAACUAUAUUAUUAUUAUGUUACGUACUGUGUAUUUUUUUAUUUAUUUUAUUAUAUAAUUUUAAUUUUUUGUUUAUUUUGUUUUUAUGUUAAGUAUAUGAACUUGUUUAUUUUCUUGACUUCACAACAUUAUUCUCAACUAUUAAAGUAGGUACCUAAGUAAUAUUUUCAAUUUUAUUAAAUAUAUCUAACGUGUGUUAACAUUCAUGUAGAAUCUAAUAAUAUGCAAUUUUAACCAAAUUAUCUACUAUUACCUAUAUUAGAAAUUAUUAUAUUAUAUUAGUUUUCAUUUUUUGACAUUAAAUAUAUAUAUAUAUAUAUAUAUGUAUUCAUCAAAAAUAAAUAUUAUAUAAACAUAUUAUUAUAUGAGUAAAAAAAGUUAAUAUAUUAUAUAUACAAAAUAUAUCUAAUUUCAAUAUAUAUUAUAUUAUAUAAUAUCUAUUAUUAUAUACAUUAAACAAUUAUUAAUUAUAAUAACCGUAGAGAAAUAUUUAAAAAAUUAUACUUACACAGAAUAUUAUGUGUGUCGAACAUGAAAUUACCUAUAUAUUAUCUGAAUAAAAAUUUUAACUUUCCCCUGACGAUUAAUUAUUAUUACCUAUUAUAAGUAUAUAAUUUAUAAUAUUCACCUCACAAUAUAUAUAUAUAAUACAAAACCUAUAACCUCAGCACAUUGUAUUUUCAUUGUUCACUUAAUAAAAUAAGUUAUGUUCAUAUUAUAAAAUAAUAGUAGAACAAACAUACAUGAUAUGGCGAACAAUCAAAGGUUAGCACUCAUCUAUUCAUCAUCGGUA